GCUCCGCCCCGCCUGAUAGCCAGCACCGGCGACGGAGCCCCUCCUUCCCUCCCUCCGGUUGGCGAAGCCGAGCCCGCCCAGCCGAAGCCUCCGCCGCCACCGCAGGAACCUGCUGCUGGAGGCGGAGGCAGGAUGACGUGUCGCCGCCGUGGAGCUUUGCAUGAUUCACCGGCAGCGGCAGGCGGAGGUGGGAUGCUGCGCGCUGCUCGCCCCGCUUAGAGGGCGCUGAGCGAGGAGGACCCGCGCCGCCCUUUAGCUCUGCCUGCCGCCGGCGCCUUGGCUCUCCUCUCCCGCCCCCGUUGCUGCUGCCGAGCGAGGAUCCCCGGAGGAUCCAAGAGGCAAGAUGGAAGGAAUCCUGAAGAAGCUGCAGAAGGAAGCCUCGGGGAACAAAUACAAGGCGAUCAAGGAGAGCUGCACCUGCGCCAGCGGUAAGGAAGUGGGCGAGAGAUAGGGGGACUCUCCUCUCCCCGGCGCCCGAGGGCAGCCUUCCCUAGCUCCCAAGCAUUGCUGGGUGGGCGCUUCGGAUACCUGAUCCGAGAGAUAUGACUCUGAUGCCUAAUCCCGUUAGCAGAGAAGGCAUCAAAGCACCGCGCCGAUUUGGUUGUGCUUGUGUUGUUGGUUGCACGGGAGGGGGUGGUGUUUGUGUUUGCUUUCGGAUGACCGGGACGGUUCUAAUCCUGCAUCCAUCCCACUGGCCUUCGAUCUGUUGGCCUUCAGACGGAGAUCCCUGCAGGGCAACUGAGCCCAAGUGUUUGCCAGAGCUGCUUCUAGGAUGUAGUGGGGCUCUUUGGCAGCUUCCCCCCACCCCAGUACAUCUUUUAUGCUAUAGACUAUUCUAGUUGUGUGAUUUCAGCGGAUCUUCCAAACCUAUUGCAAUAAAUCUCCUUUGCUUUAACGGCGCUUGUCAGUCGGCACAUCAAAACACCAGCUUUCAAUUCCUGGCCGGGUUUUUUUAAUCCUCCGCCCCAACUAAGCAGCAUUUAAAACAAACAAACCCUAAAACCACAAAAAAUGGGCUCUGGAAUUGACUUCGGGUUGUGCUCUUUUAUUGCAGAAUGCUGAACUGAGCCAGGUUAGCUGUUUACAAAAUGGGCAUAACCCUAGGUAAUGGCUUUUUUUGUAUUUUAAGGAAGUGUAAUGACAUAAUGAGGGCAGCUAAAUGAAGAUUCAGAUCUGCUGGGUAGAAAGACUUAAUUGCUUCUCCCCCCUGACUGCCUAACCAAUUGCCAUUUUUCAAACCAACCAACCAGAUUUAUUUCAUCCACUUCACCAGGUCCUGUAGAAGGAGCCACAUCCAGCGUUAUAACAUGAGUUAAAAGGAAAAUUUAGUUCCUGCUCACCUUUUUAUUAGCAGCAGGUGCUUUCUUCAAAUAUGAAUUGGCAGUCUAAUGCCAUUUAAAUGUGCCAAUUGCCCUGUGGCUAUUUUCCUGUGUAUUAUGGGUUGAUCUGGUUAAUAUUUUCACAGUGAAUUUUUGGUAAUAUUCCUUUUAUAUAUAUAUUCCUCUCCAUCUAUGUAUUCAGUAUGAUUUACACAUGGGUUACUCUAAAAUAGAUGUCCUUCCACAAAUUUGUACCAAAGACAGUGAUGGUGGUGGUGUUUUUAUGUUCUGGAGUUAGCAGAAGGGAAAACAGCUUUAGUGGGCUGUAAGUUUGUGACUGAAGGGCAUGGCCUUUUAGCUGGGGGCAAGGGAAGCUAGGGAAACUUCUUAUUUUCACCAGGAAUGUAUAAUGCCUGCUGAAGUCAAUGGGGAUUUAAAAAAUGCUUAACUUUGGCUAGGUCAUGCCAUAAACAAUUGUGAUGUUGUACUGCUUCAGGAGUUGGCUUUCUUAAUUUAACAUGCUUGCUUAGAGAAUGAGUGCAGUUACUUAAGAAGCUAUGCAAAGGUGCACUUCAGGCAGGUGAGCAGGAGAUUCUUACCUUUAAUGUAAGGGACACAUGUACUGGGAAGAAAUGGUGCCCUUGUAUUGUAAUGGUGCCCAUAAAAUGUGUUGCUUAGGAAAAAGUGUUUUCUCACAUCUCUCCUGUGGAGUGGCAAUGAAGCAGCUCACCUGUGGGCAAACCUGCAGGUGUUUAAAUGUAUCUGCAACAACAACAACCCUUUAAGCAGAUUUUUAAUUUUUGUUUAAAAUGCAUGCUUCAUGUUAAAUUUGUUGGAUAUUGUGCAUGAUUUGUAUGGAUAGUUGUUUGCUAUUCAAGAUGGUUUGAAAAGGAAGAAAUAGAGUUUUGGAAGAGCGGGAUAGAUAUGAUAAGUAAUAAUGCAAUAAGAAAGCUUAACUAAAGGAGAAAACUAUAAUGAUGAGCACAGAAGCAUCACAAAUAAGGUGCAGUAGUUUCCAUGUCCUUGUGUGGGGGCCACAAGCUGAGUUGUUUGUUGAAAAUUAUACUUUUAAAUAAGGCCUCAUCUGGACUGAAAUGUUGUGAUCUGAAUUGCAACUAAUUGCACAUAUCGACUAAUGCCUCCAAAAGCAAUAUGUACGUCUGCAUAAAAAAUACAGUCAUGCUUGUGAAUAUUCACAGGCACUUCAUAGACUAGGAGUUGGAAACUUCAUUGCCAAGACAACUGCCUCAAACUUCCUUUGCACAUUACAUUGUUAAUUUGCGCUUGUAACAAAAUCUAGUAAAGGAAGCAAUUUUUAGAUGCAUUGAACUUAGGUUGUAUCAGUGACAGCCAGCACCUUGAAUAGUGUUUCUGAGGUUAUAAGAAACCAGGGAAGAUGUUAGAGCACCAUGCUGGCAGUGAACCCCCACCUCUUUAAAGAGAAAGCGUUGCAAAAUGCAACAGUCUGUCUGAGGCUCCUAAACAGUCCUCAAGGGCAGCCCCAUGUGUUUAAACUGGGUGUCCCCCCCACCUUGUGCUUGCUAAGUAUUGCUUCCUUCCCAUGCUGCCACUUAUUUGCAUUUUCCCUAGAAAAAGCAAGCUAUAAUUAUUUAAAAGAAAAUUUGUGUAUAAAAGACAUACCGUACAUGCUGAUCUGCCUUUCACACUCAUUCUGCCAGUUUCAGUGGGAAACAAGCAAUCGGCUUUGGGCCACGAGAAGCGUACCAAGGUAGUAGAAAGAAAAGUAGAGUAAUUCAAAAGGACAUGUGAGCUAAGCCUGCACAUAGUAACUUUGUGUGAUAUCCAGUGUGCCGUUCUACUUGCAGAAUGGCUUUGAUGCCACAGAGGCACCUGCUAAUACUGAUGUGGGAAAUCUUUGGCCCUCCAGAUAUUGCUGAAAUGCCACUCCUAUUAUCCCUGUCCACUGGCCAUGUUUACUGGAGAGUUGUACUUCAGCAACAUCUGGGAGGCCAAAUGUUCCCCACACCUGUAUGCAAAGGAGGAGAGCGGAUUUCCUCCAACUUCCCCUUUCCUUUGAAGCCUGCUGUACCACCUUCUUGCCCUUCUGUAUAGUCUCCCAGUCCUCUGGAACUGAAUUUUGAGGCUGCAAUGGGGAGAGAGAAAUUGCUGGAAAUUGUUUUCCCGAUCCCUUACAUUAGUGGAUUCCUCCACUGCAUUAAAAGCCAUCCUGCAAGUGGAACAGUAACAGUGGAUUUCAUCCUGUAAAGCAGGGUUGAGGAAUCUGCAGCCCUCCAGGUGUUCAUGGGCUCCAGAACCCAUCAUCCCUGAGCGCUGGUCAUGGUGACUGGGGCAGAUGAGAGUUGGAGCUCAAUAACCCCUGGAGAGCAACAGGUUCCCUGUCUCUGAUUUAAGCAGCGGAGACAUGUAGGCAAAUGCUUUUCGGUAUGGAUACUAUGGGUUAGCUACAAGCUAAACCAAAUACACCUCAGUGCAAAACCUUUGUAAAUAUGUAUACAAAUCAAGAGCUUUUAUUGAAUCAACAAUAUGUGUAUCUGCUUUAGGAUGAUGAUGAUGAUGAUGAUGAUGAUGAUGAUGAUGAUAAUAAUAAUAAUUUAAUUAUUUAUACUCUGCCCAUCUGGCUGGGAUUCCCCAGCCACUCUGGGUGGCUUCCAGCAAAUAUUAAAACGUAGUAAAACACCAGACAUUAAAAGCUUAUGUCAGAUGCUACAUUUUUUUCUUAACUAUUUGAGGUUCAUUCAAUGGUUUCCCACUCCAACUAUAUACUUUCAAAUGCAUCUAUCUAUACCACAGUGCUCCAUGUCAUGUCCUCCCAUCCUGCUUUAUUUAAUCUGCAAUAACUAACAUCUCCCAGUUUUAAACUCACAAGCACUAAAGCAGAAUUGCUACAUUGCUUUUAAGCAUGCCAUGAAAAGGGAUAGACAAGACCAUGACAGGCUCAGGGUCAUAAAUAGAUAUUUUUGAAGCCUUGUCGAAUUGCACAUGCUCCACUUAAAUUUUAGCAAAAAAACAAACAAAUAAUUGGAUUUCUGCAAUACUGUACUGUGCUUCUUAAAUGUGCAUAACACAUAGGAAAAUGCCUUACAUUGAAUCAGUCUGUUGGUCCAUCUAGCUCUGUAUUGUCUAUGCCGACUGACAGUGACACGCCAGGGUUUUCAGGCAAGGAUCUUUUCCAGCCCUGCCUGAAGAUGCCAAAGAACAAGGGUCCCUCUGCAUACAGAACAUGUGCCCUGUCACUGAACUACAGCCCCUUACCAUUCCAAUAGUUUCUGCCUAACACAUGAGCUUUAAGAUGGUUUGAAAAUUCUGUCAUUCCAAAUAACGUGGAGGCAGGAAGGCAUUUAUCUCCUAGACCAGGGGUGGCAGAUGUGGCAUCUAAGAGCACAAUGGUGCCCCUCGAGGUAUUUCUCUGGCACCCACAAAGCCUCUGAGCUCCACCACCCACUGCCUGCUUGGUUGUAAGGUGGUUACCUUUUUCUCCCUUGAAAAGUACAGGCAACCCUCCAUUUAUUGUGCACUUGCGUGAAAGUGCAUGAAAUGGAAAAAGCCUUCAAAGGCCCCGUUCCACCCCUGUCCCCAUUUUGCCCUUUUAGUGAUGUUUCAGUGACACCUUUAUCAGGUUUCCAGGUCACUUCCAGGUCUGGCGCUGUGUGCGUGUGAGCAAUCACACACCUGUCUUGUGAUGAAGAGUGGUACAUCAGUCUAAUAGAAUAAAAUAUCUGUCAUAUCUAAAACAGGAGUUGCCUGUGCAUGGAACUGAAGGAGAAAGUUAAAAGCCCACCGUUCUUUCUCACUUCCUCCUUUAGUUCUAUGUGCUUCUCAAGGCUCAGAUUAAUUCUGUCAAAUCCUACUUUUACUCAGAUCAUUUGGAAAAAACAAAGUAUUUGUGUGCAUACUGUGUCUCUCUGUGAGGAGCAGUACUGAGGGAGAAAAAUGACCAGAAAGGUGGCAACCACAGCUCUCACUGAAAAAUAUGAAUGUGCUCACAAGCCUGAAAAGGUUGGCAACCCCUGUCCUAGACCUUGCCAAUCAUUAAACAGGUUCGUUCCCUUCAUGGUCAGAAGUACAAGCUGCUUGUCUUUCUCAGCUCCUACUCACUUAAAAAAAAAAAAAGUUGCUUCCUGGGCAGCUUGACCUGGCUGGUUAUGUUCCUGCUACAACAAUUUAGUGAGCUGCAUGUGAAUGCUGUUUGACCGUUGCAUCUGUAACAAUUAUGUCUACACAUAGUCACAACUUCAUCAGCCAGUUUAAAUGAAAUUCAUACAAGAUGCAGAGCAUGCAGCAAUUUAUGCUUGAAGUAUACCGGUGGUCUCUGCCCUCACAUACCUCCCAAAUGCACUGGAAAAAAGGAACAUGUUUUUUCAUGCAAGAUCUCGGUGGCCAUUUUGGGUGCUGCACUCUUGCCCUGAAAAAAGCACUUUCUUCAGGGCCGCAAUCUCAACCAACACCCAGAAUUGCAUGUUUUGGAGCAUCACACGAGAUCUUGCCCUGAAAAAGCACUUCCUGGAAGACACAUGUCCCAGGUUAGGGCUUGAAAAAGUUGGACAGUAUGCCUUCAUUGCCCUCUAUAAUGAUUCUUCUCCCUUCUCUAUACAGAAAUGUUAGAAUCCCCAGAGGCUGCUACGAAGAUCCCUCCAUAUCAGCUAAGGUAGGAAAUGUAUACCGCCUAGGUUAUAGAUGUCAACAAAGAUACAUGAAGCGGCUGCAGAGCUUGAGACUUGCUUAUUGUUGAAACCAGAGUAAAAACGCUACGAUAGAAAACCUGCAGCAUGCUGUAAGCAAGCCAUACUAGGGGUGUCAUCUAUCAUUUUCUAUUUAUCACUUACAAGUUAUUUUUACAGAUUUGUAGUGUUCAGAAAAUGGUCCGGUUCCAAGAAAGCAGUGUUGUCCAUUUUGGUUGAAAAUAUGAGUGUACAGGCAGUUGUCUACCAGGGUUCAAUUUCUACCACAACUAUCAGCAACAAGACUUUUUCAUCUUACUAAAGUUACAGCUCAUGCAGCUGAAUGGAAUUAAUGCUGAUACACUCAGAGGCACUGCCAAAAUUAAGGGUUCCCAGGACCCAGGUGCCUUCCAAAAACACCCACCCCCAAAAUCACUUUUACUUUAAAUACAAGGGGGGUGAAAGUUGUUUUAAAAGAAGAGUCUUGAAUGCCUCCCCUCCCUUCUUCCUUCCUUCCUUCCUCCAUUUCCCUUUUGCACUGAGACAUAGGCUCAGCUAAUGUUGGCUAUCUCCUCUUCUUGAAGUCAAACAUGAACUGUUUUGUCUCUUCCAUCUACUGGUGAUGUCCAAUUGAAACUGUUCCCUCUCCUCUAAUAUUCUAACUGGGUGCUACCAGCAGAGGAAAAUGCCCACUUCUAAUUGGAUGCCAGCAGCAGAGAGAACUGUUCCCCUCUUUUCCAAGUCUGCUGGCCAAUCAAAACAGUAGGAGUGUCUAAGGAGACACGGAGAAGAGUUAGAGAAGCUUAGACUAUGCCACCAUUCCAAUUUGGCCUGGAGCUCUGCCCCAGCAGGUCUCACAGGCACCAUGUUGGGGACCCCAGUCACAACAUAUCUUCCACUUGGCUUUGCUAGCUAUAAUAAUCCACCUUUCUAUUGAAUACCAUUGGUGAGGUAACUUAGGUUAAGAUUGAGUAAAGGUAGACUCAGAUUCUCUUUAGGAUUUUGCAAAACUCUUUCAUAGGUUUUUGGCUCCUUUUUCCAUUCUGAUUAUUUUCUGCCAUGGUUUCAGUUCCUUUUCUUCAGUCAACAGAGGAGGGAAAUUCAUCUGCAGUUACACUGCUUUUUACUAGUGAAAUCUUGCCAAAUAGUGAUGCACUCAGUUUGGAUCAUUGGUCUGUCUAGAUUUUGCUGCCUAAAAAGCUUUCUGUAUUCGUUUAAAACUUGUACCUCUAGACUUGAACUGAUUGCUUUCUAAUGUUCAGGAAAUGUUAUUUCAUCAAAAGAUAUUGCCUGAAAAUAUCCAGCGAUCUAAUAAAAAUAUGAAUAAUAGUUUCUGAAAGCAUGUUUUGCCCUAUGAAAGGAAACUACAAGACUUCUAGCUGACUGUUUUUCUGGCUUCUCUUUCUCCUUAUCACUGAUGCUUGUUUUAUAUUAUUAGUGUAUGUUUUUUAUAAUGGUUCAUAGUUCAGCAAACUGUUAUGAAAUUGUCAUUGUCUUUUGGAUAAUACAAUAAACUUAUUGAUGAAAUAAGUAGAAUUGAACGGAAGGAAAUUUUAUCCUAUCUUUUGGGAGAAGUUUCAUCACUUCUUGAUAUUGCACAAUGGAACUCUGGCAAACCCUGUAAAACCAGAUUUUCUUAAAUCUAGAACUAAGAAUUGUCUUACUGAAAGUUUUCCAUAAAUGGUGUCAUAGUGGGUAGUUCUGUUGAAUUCUACAACUAAGGCAUCUCUGUUUAGGAUGUUUUGAGGCCAGAGUAUAGCUUAAUAACCUUCAGUACAUGAGUAGUGUUGAUUUCAUCACUUCUUCCUUCUCCCAUCUGAUUUAUUUUCCAUCAGCUUUGUCUGGGAGUCUUAAGUAAGCAGGAAAAAACUGAUUUACUCCGCAGACCACCUCUCAUUCACAGAGGGUUAGCUUGAUAAUUGCUAUUGAUGCCAGUGGGUUUGCUGGCCAUCUGGCAUUUGUUCCAUCGCACAUAUGAAGCAGAUAACAUUGUGAGGUCUUGUGUCACUGCAUCUGGGUUAAGACCAAAGUUUUGUAUUACUUUUGUUACGGAUUAUUGAGUUUGCUGACAUGGUUCAUUGUUGCCUCAGGGGGAAAAAUGAAUGUAUAUUGUAUAAACUGUUUCACAAUCAAGCACUGCAUAUGGUCCAGCAUCAUUAGCAGAUAGUAAAGGUGUGCCUUGUUUAUUCUCCCUGAUGUUAACGAUUCUUUGCCAUCCUGCACUACUUGGUGACACCAUCUAGAAGUUGCUGUGUGCUGACAAGCUGUUACUGCAUGGUGUUAAAGGGAAUGAUUAAACUGGGGUAGAACAACUGAGCUAAGUGAAGGGCAGAGAAUAGCAUUGUACUGCAGAGUUGGUUAUUAGUCUGUGUUUAUAAACUAACUGUAUCCAACCAGUGGAAGACUUUGGGCUCUCAAAUUUCAGUGGUGCUAAAAUUCGGCACCCCCUGCUUCUAGAGCGCUCUGUUCUACAGCAUUGUUUUGACACCCCUAGAAGCACAGCGCCCAGUGCAACUGCACUGGUUGCCCUGCCCUAAAACCUCCUCUGAUCCAACCCCAGUUUGCAAGCAAGAUCCUUUCUGAUUGGCUUAUUUCCCUGCCACAUGAAACAAGAUGCAUUUGCUUUUCGGGUUCUAGUGAAUGGAUUUAUGUUCAUUUUGAAUACUGUUGGAAUCAGCUGCAUGAAAUAAAAUUCUUUACUUUUCCAAGACACUGGAUUUCCCCACUAAUUUUACUAGAAUGUGUAGAAACCAAGAAAGUUUGAGUGCAUCUUGCGUUGGAAUCAGUAAUGGAUGGCAGGGCCGGGCAGUGGUGCGCACCUGACCUCUGGCUGACCACAUCACUGCUCUACCAGGAGGCAGAGGGGGAGGUCAGUGUAGUUCAAGUGCAUUGGUGGAACUAAUUUGGUGCCCUCACCAGUGGGUUAACACCUUGCUUCUGCCUUUGUCCUCCCCUUCUACCUCCCAGUAACACAGCCAACUGGAGGUCAGGUGAUCACUGCCACCCCACCCCACCGUCCGCUACCUGGUUGGAGCUAGUUAGAAUAAAACAAUGAAACCCUACUAAAUAAAGCAGUGGAGAGUGAUCUGCUUUUCUGAGCACAUAGAUCCACCUGAGGCAUGCUCCUUUUUUCAUUAGUUUCCUCCAUGUGAUGGAAGAACAUGAUUAGUAAACCACCUGACCUUUGCAAAUGGCACUGUGGUUUUAACCACUGUGCCGCUUGGACUUGCCAAUCAGAAGGUCAGUGGGUUGAAUCCAUGUGACGGAGUGAGCUCCCGUUGCUCGGUCCCUGCUCCUGCCAACCUAGCAGUUCGAAAGCACACAGUGCAAGUAGAGAAAUAGGUACCGCUCCGGCAGGAAGGUAAACAGCGUUUUCGUGCUCUGCUCUGGUUCGCCAGAAGUGGCUUAGUCCUGCUGGCCACAUGACCUGGAAGCUGUACGUCGGAUCCCUCGGCCAAUAAAGCGAGAUGAGCAUUAUGAGUAAAACAUAAUGUGGGAAAUGGGGCUGUUCUCCCACGUGUCAUUGUCCCAGUCCAGAUUGAGUUUCUCUGCAGCUUUUUAUCAAGAAUGUAAAACGGCAGGUUCUGCUUAGGUUAUUGUUAAUGAAAUGUGUAGUUUGGCCCUGAGAAUGCCUGUGGAUGUCCAAGAAACGAGCCUGAAAGAGCCAAAAGGAACUCCAGUAAUUGCUGGAUGCCCUAAAUUGUCAGUAGCACAUUUGGCCAAGCAAGCAUGGAGGGAGAUAUGUGAAUGAAGCCCCAGCACUGAUUUAUAAUAAUGAAGUGAAAUGUAUCCAUUUAAGAAAAGGGAAAGAUAAAAAAAGAGGUAAGUCAAGUUUCUUACACACUUAUAACACACCCCUAAAACUGUUGUCUAUGAUGAAGCCCUGUUAUACAAUUGCGUCAUCAAAAAGAGACUUGCACCUAAAACAAAUUAUAUCAGGCUGCACCACUGACCCAAAAGAGAUGGUUCCUGACUUUGCCAAUCUACUGUGGACAGAAGUAGAAGAGAAUGUGGCAGGCUGACGCUAGUUAUCAGUUCCAGCUGCCAGGCAGUGCCCAACAUUAAAGGGCCCAUCACAGGUGCAUGACAUCACACGUGCAAUGCCCCCCCCAACCCAGUUAUGCCUACUCGGCCCACCCACCCACGCACCAGCAGCAGCCUUACCUUUGUGAAAAGGAUGUGCGGGGUGAAGAUGCUUCGCCCUGCGUGUCUCUGGCAGAGAUCGCCAGUGCACCUUCCAGGAGGGUUCUCUGGCGCGCGGUGAAGACUCUUCAGAAGGACACGGCAGGGCCAAGCAUCUUCAUCCUUUGUUGCUAUUUUUAUCAUUCUCCCCCCCCCCAUUGUUCAUCUGUUCUUGAGAAAGAACACUGUGUUUUUAACACCCAUUCUUCUUGACAAUGCUGUGUGGAUUCUGUGUUUAUCUAAAUGAUUCCGUUGAAGAAUGAAAUAAAAAUGGAUACAAUUAGUUCAACUGUAAGUGAGCAAUGGCCCUUCUAAGGGAGCUAUUUCCCUUAGCCUAUAAUACGAAUGAUUUUACUUGCUUUGGGCUAUGCUACUUAUAACUGCCUAUAGUUUAUUCAUGUUUGCUGUCAACACAAAAGCAGUUGUGCCUGUCAUAGCAGCUCUGAUGUAAUCCCACCCGAGGAAAAAAAGUCAUGAUUUCCCCCACCAUCGUCCUUGAGUUUUUAUCUAUCCUAGGUUGCUAGUAGCAACACCUGAGCAACAUUUGCUAUUAGGUCUAAAUAUAGCCUAUUAAAUUCGAGGUGGAAAUGAUAGCAAGCUAAUCACAAAUAUGUUUUCAUGGCAAGCCCCAGGUGGUUAAUAUGGCAUAUAUAAACUCCCAGGAUUUGAUACCACAACAAUUUUUUGUUUUUUUAAAAAAUUAUAUCAGUAAGCAAUUUUGUGAAGGGCCUGCCAGGUGUUGACUGGUACACAAUUCUUAGCCAGGCCCAAAUCUUGACCGCUAGCCUUACACCUCAGUGAGAAAGCAAAGGAUGAACUGUGCUGUGUGGCAUUUAUUUGAACAUAGUAUCCCCCUGACUACCCAAAUUUCCCAUUAUUUCUGGAGACAAACGACAGCUGUGUCCAGGUACACACAGCACAGCCUAAUUAAUUCGCUGGCUUCUCCCUGAAGUAAGAGAUAAGGAAGCGUGAAUUCCCAUGACACACAUCACACACCAGGUUGUGAAUGCUUUCUAGAAAAAGUCUAUUUAUUUUCUAUAUAGCUUUUUAAAAAUAGCUCUAGAACUUCCACAGCAACAUCUCUGUUACUUCUGAAUAAUUCAAAGAGGUAUGUUGGUCAAAACCUGAAAAUAUCUGACCAGGUUUCAACAAACCUCCUUGUUUUGGCAAAGGUGGUUCCGUAACUCUGGCAACUCUGCUGAGGUGGGGGGGGUGUCUCGGCAAUUGCUCUGUGGUCCCUGCAGCUUCCAACUUGGGAAGAGGUCUGGGAAUUAUUUCUAAGUUUUGACCAAGCUAUCCAAAGAGUUUCUGCCAAGGCUGGUAAAACUGGCUUUUUACUCUUCCUGCUGUGGAGCAGAAAAGGCAGGGGUGGGGUGUACAGUGAACACUUUCCCUCCACCUCUCUGUCGGCAAACGCAAGGUGCAGAGGGGAUUGAAAGUUGCUGCCUCAGGGCGCUCAGUGCACUUUGUGGCAGCAGGUCCCAAUGGUACAGACUCCCUACUAGUUGCGGGAUGAGAGACUUGACAGAUGGGGCGACUACAACUUUUGACUUGGUCAGCAGAAAUGUUUUAGAGCCCUGUAUUUAACUUUUCUUCAAGGUUACACUCAUAGCAGUACUUCAUAUUCCCAGCCAUAUUUUGUGCCUUUGCUUUAUAUUUUUAGCUCCACAUGGCAUGCCCCAAUUGAGAAUUUUCAUCAUAUGCUUAUUGAUGGGGGCAAUGGAACUGUCCCAUGACUGUGACCUUUAAUAAGAUGAUGAUAUUACUAUUAUUCAAUGUUUAAUUCUUUACAGACUGUUACUCCACCACCACUCUGCCACACAAGUAAUCAUGUAGACAUCAUUUCUUUUUAAGAAACUCUUCAAACAAACCGGCAAGACUUCAAUUACUCCCUAGCACCAGUGUCCCACCUUUUCUAUGUAAAGAUGACAUCCUUGCAUUUGUCUGUGCUAGAAUGCCUGCCUAGUCAGCUAUAAAAACAAGAAAAGGUAUAAAUAGCAGUGCCCCCCCCCCCAAUUCCCUAUAGAGAUAGGAGAUGUUGCUCUUCAUCUUGAAAAGGGAUGGACAGGUUAAAAGCACAAAGGGUAAGGAUACACUAACUGUUGUGCUGUCAGUCCCUUACAUCUGAUGUGAAGGACCAAAAGUUACAAAGGGCAUUUCCAGAUCAUUGGUGCUUUGUGGUGGAAUUCAGUCACAAGCCAACAAAUGCAUGUUGCAAAAUCAAAGUUUAUUUGGAGCUCUUGCGCAACUUUCCACAUCAGACCUUUUGCGAUAAGCAAAUUCAUGGGGAAACACAUUGGGAAAUGUGGGAUUGUGUGUGCUAGAUGCAGGAAUGUCUAACCUCCCUGCAAACAAAUCAGAAUGAAUGCUGAAUAAACAGGUCAUAUGGAAAUAACCAAAGUGUGUUGGGUUGUAAACUUUCUCCAUCUUCUCUAUCAGCCUUUGAGGACAAUUGGGUUUGUUAACGUUCUACAGAUGUUGUAAGAAAAAAAGAUUCAAUUUGUGCCAAUUCUCAUUUCCAUCUCAAUUUUAAUUCAGAGCUUGAAUUAAUGAGCCAUUUCCAUUCUCUUCACAUUUGAAGUCUUUUACUGCCAGAAUGAAGUAGUUGAACUUCCAUUUUACUAUCGGCUUCUCACAGCCAGCGACUGUGUUUCUGUGACCUUGCUAGUGUUCUAGAUUUUAGUUGGCCUGUCAUGUCACUGCUGUCCAUAGUGACAGCAUCUCAGACCUGGAAACAAGAAAAAGGCAGCUCAGCCAAUUCCCAAAAUGGAACGUGGGAAAGGUCACUGAUUUGCAUUGAUGGCAUUUACAUUUUAAUAACUCCUUCAGUUUCAGGCAGGACCCCCCCCCUCCCUGAAUUAUAGCUUCUCUGUUCACACUGUGCAAAAGCUAUUUGAGGAAGACACCAAAGGAGGGUGAGGCAAGCAGUUUCUUUCCUAAUCAUAAAGAGCCAGCCAAUAGGAUCUGCACUAUUUCGCUCAUUUUAAUAAUGGAAGAUGGUUUCCUCAUCACAUUUCUUUCUUUCUAGCUCACCAUAAUUGGAAUGUGAAUACCUUGGUCCAUAGGUUUCUCUAAUUUCACUGCCAUCCUGUAGGUUCUUGUCUGUUCUCAGCCCAAACAGUGACCCUUAUGAAUAAUUAGGGCAGCUCCACACAUUUUGUUUGCUGCAAUUGGAAUUACCCCCUUAAUUCCAAACAUGUUCACAGUGUUACAGGUUUAGGAAAGAAGGCAGCAAGGAUCCUAUGCACAACAAAUAUUUAGAGCAGUCUUAUACUUGGAUGCAUAGGAUGCUUUUGCUAAAAAAAACCCCACAGACUCACUAAUCAUCCUCAGUCAGCAAUCCCUUUGCUUCUAAGGCAAAGUAGAAGCUUGAAGGAGGGUCAUGGUAGAGGAAGGAAUGGCCCACUCUGAAAUCAUAGGCUCUCAACUGCAGCAACAUGCAGUCAAUUUACAGUGUUAACAUUAAAGCUCUGCAAUUCUAAGCCAACUAAGCAAUCUAAUUGGCCAAGUGACUGCUGAUGGUAAAAUAUAUAAAAUCACUGAGAGGGACAGGAAAUGACAGUUCAUUUUGUUAACUGUUGUGAUGGGAAUAUAGAUGGUCCAUUAGCAUUAAUCAGAGCUUUAGCUAAAUGCUUUUCUCAAGAAUAGGGAGGUCACUAAUUGAAUCAGUCCUGGUUUUUAAUCCGUUUUGUUGCUUCUGAGGUUUUAUUAAAAAAAAAGAGAAAUCUGAUUUUUAUCAGUUAAAAGGAUACGGCUGUAGAUCAGCCUUUGUUAGCCUGGUGCUCUCCAGAUCUCUCGGACUGCAGCUCCCUUCUUCCCCUGACCAUUGGCCGUGCUGGCUGGGGCUGAUAGGAAUUGCAAUCCAAAAUGUCUGGAGGGCAACAGGUAGGGAAAGAGAUGGUGGGCAUUUUGCUGAAAUACACAGUUGCUAUGCAGUGAGCCAUAAAAGGCAGAGCUGGCUUUCAGUUGUAAUAAAGCACUCACUGGCUCAGUUGUAAUGGAAUACAGUAUGUCUGCUUCCUCUUCUACUGAAAAUGUGGAAGUCUGGCUGAUUGCCAGAUGACAGAUAAAUGGUAGCGAUUUGUGCUUUGAAAAGUUACAGGAUUUCAACAGGACGUUACAGGAUAUGCACAGACAGCAAAUGAAGCGGUAUGACCACCCCAAAACUUUUGCCAGGACAAAUAGCAUUGUCAAAGGGAUCACAUAUCAUGGAUGUUCAAUGAACAGGACACCUGGAAGGAACCUGCAAUUGCUUCUUUUAUUACGUACUAUGAUGAAUGUUUGCAUCAAAGAAGACUAAAUGUAACAUAUGCUUCUGAAUUGCCUUUCAGGAGCCAAAUUCAAAAGUUACAAUGUAGGCUUUCUGAAUGCAUAGUCCUAAACAAAGUUUAUUUUUCUUUGGCCAUCAGGGAGAAGUGCCUCCUUCCACUCCAGCUUGCUUUGGAAAGCAAGAACGUGAAGCUGGCCCAGCAUGCUCUAGCAGGGAUGCAGGUAUAUGGCAAUGAGGUUCUGCCGCAGUUGGAUGUGUUUGAUGGAGGUGGAUGGUGCCCUGCUGACAUUUUAGUUGCUAAGGCAGGGGUGGGGAAUCUCUUUCAGCUUGAAGGCCACAUUCUCUCAUUGGCAAUCAUUUGGGGGCCACAUACCAGUCGUGAGUGGGCAACAGAUGGACUCAAUUGUUGCUACAAUUCAACUGUGCAAAAGCCAGAUGUUUCUACACAUUGAUCUCUAAAUAUCUCCUCAGGCCAUGCUGUGGGGUUCCACAGGGCACUGUUUUGUCCCCAAUGCUAUUCAACACUGGGAGUGAUCAUUAGGAGUUUUAGUGCAGGAUGUCAUCAGUAUGCUGAUGAUAUCCAUCUCUGUUUCUCCAUUACAUCUGAUUCAGGGGAAGUUGUGAAAGAAUGGGGCCCAGGUAUGGAUGCAGUGGUGGACUUUCCUGGACAGGGUUAGCCUGACUGCGGCAGUUCAUGUACAGUGGUACCUCUGUUUUUGAAUGUCUCCAUUGAGAAAUGUUUCGAAACUCGAACACCAAAAACCCAGAAGUAAAUGCUUCCGUUUUUUAAUGUGCCUCGAAAGUCAAAUGGCUUCCGCUGAGGUACCACUGUAUUUUUAUCAAUUUUCUCUGUAAAUUUGCAGACCGCCCUUUGCACCUUGGUUUUCAAACAUUUCGGAAGUUGAACGGUCUUCCGGAAUGGAUUACGUUUGAAAACCAAGGUUCCACUGUAUUGGUAACUUCAGGACUGGAUUAUUGCAAUGUGCUUAAUGCGGGACUGCCCUUGGGUCUGGUCCAGAAGUUUCAGAUAGUGCUAGCACAGAAUGCUGUGGCAGGAACAGACUUCUGCCAACACAUUACACAAAUGUUAAAACAGCUACACUGGCUUUCCGUCUGCCACUGGGCCAAGUACAAGGUUCUUAUACUAGUGCAGGAUUUCUCAAACUUGGGUCUCCAGCUGUUUUCACUACAAUUCCCAUCAUCCCUGACCACUGGGCCUGCUAGCUAGGAAUGAUGGUCCAACAACAGCUAGAGAAACCCUGCACUAGUGUAUAAAGCCCUGAAUAACUUAGGCCCAGAAGGACUGCCUUACCCAGUGCACUCAAAGUUGAUGAGAUCAUCUAGGGGAGCACUAUUGGUGGUUUCCCAUAGGCCAGAAGCAUGAGUUAUAUCAGUUAGGAGUUGUGCCUUGGCUGUUGUGUGCCCAACUCUAUGGAACUGCCUCACCACAGACACCAUCCCUACUGAGUCUUAAAUGCCUGGUCAAAAAUCACUUGAUUGCAGGAGGCCUUUGGACCUUGAAUGCAUCGCUGAUGCUUUACAUUAUUUUCUGACAUUUUAAAAUUCUGAGGAUUUUUGAGAUUUACUUUAAGCUUUAAAUUUUGUAUAUUAUGUAUUUCAUUGUUGUAAGCUGCUUUGAGAACUGCAUUGUGAACAAUGGGGUAUACAUUUUUAAAUAUAAAAAACAUAAUAAGGUAUUUUGGGGAGUAAUGUGAUUAUUUAUACCAGCAUUAUGUAUCAAGCAAAUCAAGAAUCCCUGUGAUUAAGCAGUCCCAUUCUCUCUCUGCAGAAGCUACUGUCUGAUGAGAGAUUUGUAACCAUGGAGACAGACUCUGAUGACAAGCAGUUGCUUAAUCAAAUGCUGAAUGCAGUCAGAGUGACUCCUUCCCUCAACGAAGACCUGCAGGUAGAAGUUAUGAAGGUUAGUAUUUUUCAGACGUCAGUACUUACGUGGCUGCAGAGGAGACUUCCUGACUGACUCAACUCUGCAGCUCUCUGGAGCUUCUCUGAAUCCUUAGUAACAUUUCUUACGUCAUGGUACAAAACCAGCUCUCAUAUUUUUGUUGCAAGUUGAACUCUGCUUUACCAACUGAAGUCUGGAUUCAUAGGGCAUCAGUGUGUCAACAUGACAUUUAUGACAGAAGAUUUAAAUUGUGACCACACUGUUGAGACGGAAAAUCCUUUGAGUCCCCUGGUAGCUAGAAACAAUGGCAUGCAAAGAGUUUUGCAUUUUUAUGCCUAAUGUAAAAAGCAGGUGCCUUUAGCAAACAACAUUGCCAGUAGCAGAUGGCAUGGUGGGGUGCCACCGUUCGGCUGACCUCCAGUCAGCUGCCAUGCUGCAGCUUAUCAGGGGGAGUAGUGAGGUUGACGCAGUGCAAACACACCAUCAGGAGCACCAGAUUGGCUCUGCAAGUGUGCUUGCAGCACACCACUUUGCUUUUUCUCUUCCAUCUCCCAGUAAGCAGCAGGAACAAACUGGAGUUUGGGUGAGUGGGCCCCACCGCUACCACACUGGCUGCUAUUAAGCAUUGCACUGUGUGAUAAAGGAGGCCACAUAUACUGUUUAUGUAAGGUGGCUCAUCAUGGGCUGGUGGUGUAAGAGACGUGAAUGUGUGGGGCGGGGAGAAAGGUUAACAUUGUGGGUUGUUGGAUUGUUUUUUCUGGGAAGCGUUAAAACCCCUUUGUGCUCAAAAUACUCUAGUGCCAGAACUGAAGUGUGAGACUUGUAAGUCCUUUGUAUAUUUAAUGCACACUGCUGUUCCUAGAACUAUACACACUUUAGUUGCUGAGAAUGAAAUCAGGAGGAGUGCUUCCUUGGCAAGCAGCCUUGUGCACUGGCGAUGAGGGGAUGCCAUUAGAUCCUUGUUCCAAUUGUCUUUUGUCAUGUCAGUUCCUUCCUGGAAAAGAUAUGCCUGACUGGUGAGAAGUAGUGUUAAGAUAGAUGAUUUUUCAGCUUUGGGGUGUAUAAGAGAAGGGUGUGUAUGAAAGUGAGUGCUGAAAAUGAGUACAGUGGUGCCUCGCAAGACGAAAUUCAUUCCGCGAGUUUUUUCGUCUAGCGAAUUUUUCAUCUUGCAAAGCACGAAAUCCCAUAGGAAUGCAUUGAAAUCCAAUUAAUGCGUUCCUAUGGUCAAAAAAAGUCCAAACAAAGCCAAAUUUGGUACAACAAGAGUUUAUUAACUGCUCUUUAAAGUCACACAUACUGUAAAGAGCAUUUCAAAAAUUGAAGGAACAAUAAAUUAAGUUUCUAAACAUGACAGGAAAAACAUUUAAAAAUCAACAAAGUGUACAUUACAUUUUCUAAGACUCUGGGGGACCACUCGAAGAAGGUUCCUCUUCCACUCUUUGCUUCUUGCUUAAGAACCUGUCCAUGGUCUGCUGCUUCAUCCGCCUUUUCAGCACCUCCCUGAAAGACGACAUGACCCUCGUAUCAAAAGUGUUCGCAAGGUCACGUGUCACGUGCUUGUCAGGGUGGUUCCGCUCUGCAAAAGCCUGCACAUCCUUCCACUUCAGGCAAAUGUCCCUCAGUUCUUUGGAGGACAGCCGUUCCUCAGUUGCUUCCUCCUCUUCCAGCGAGGCCUGCUCCUGCGCAGCCUCUGCCUGCAGUUCGACCAGCUCCUGGGUGGUCAGCUCGUGGUCGUGCUCCUCCACCAGCUCGCUGACGUCCUCCUCUGUGACCUCCAGGCCCAUGGUCCUCCCUAAGGCAACAAUGUCCUGCACCACUGUUGACUCUGGUGCAUCAGAGUCACUUGGUGCCACACAGUCCGGCCACAGGCUGCGCCAAGCGCAAUUCAAAUUUCUCUGGCUGAUCCCUUUCCAGGCCGUGGUGAUCAUCUUCAAGCAGGUGACGAUGUCGAAGUGGUCCUUCCAGAAUUCCUGCAGGGUGAUGGUGGUGCAAUCAGUCACCUCGAAGCAUCGCCUGAAAAGCUCCUUGGUGUAGAGUUGUUGGAAAUUGGCGAUGACCUGCUGAUCCAUCGGCUGGAGCAGUGGCGUGGUGUUAGGCGGCAGGAACAUGAUGUUGAUGAAGCUGAACUCCUCCAACAAGUCCUCCUCAAGGCCUUUAGGAUGAGCAGGAGCAUUGUCCAUCAGAAGCAAAGCCUUCAGCGGCAGGUCGUUGUCCAGCAGGUACUGUUUGACAGCAGGGCCAAAAGCAAGAUUGACCCAGUCCACAAACAGCACACGUGUGACCCAAGCCUUACUGUUGGAUCGCCACAUGACACUCAGCUGCUCCUUGUCGACCUUGUGUUUCUUGAAGGCCCGUGGGUUCUCCGAGUGGUACACCAGCAGGGGCUUGAUCUUCAGGUCGCCGCUUGCGUUGGCACAGAAGAGCAGGGUCAGACGGUCCUUCAUGGGCUUGUGGCCAGGCAACUUGGCCUCCUCCUGAGUGAUGAAAGUCCUUUUGGGCAUCCUCUUCCAAAACAGCCCGGUCUCGUCGCAGUUGAAGACCUGCUGUGGAACGUAGCCCUCCGUCUUCACAACCUCCAGGAACUCCAAGGCAAAGUCUUCAGCCGCAGGAACAUCAGAACUGGCAGCCUCUCCAUGCCUGACCACGCUGUGGAUUCCAGAUCUCGUCUUGAACCGGUCAAACCAGCCUCUGCUUGCCUUGAAGACUUCUGGCUCGCCUGAGGUUCCUGGCUGUUCCCGGAUGAGGUCUGCGUGCAAGGCCUUGGCCUUCUCACAAAUCACGGCCUCAGUCACUGUGUCCCCUGCACGCUGCUUCUCUUCUAACCAGAUGAGGAGCAACUUCUCGACCUCCUCCAGAACAGCUGGGCGGUUCUUCACGAUCCUGGUGACUCCCUUGGCUGCAUCAGUCGCAAGGAUCUUCUCCCUCAUCUUCAGGAUGGUGCCGAUGGUCGAUGGGUUCCUGCCGUACUCCCUGGCGAGGUCCGUCACACGCAUUCCACCGUCGUGCUUCCGGAUGAUCUCCUUCUUCAUUUCCAGCGUCACCUUCUCCUUCUUCCUCUCGCCGGCCUCUGCAGCAGCAGUCUUCUUGGGUCCCAUGGCAGCACAGCUCCUAGCUUCGUAAACUCAGAAAAAAAAUAAUAAUCAGUGGAUUCAGACCCCAAAAAUUCAAAAGCACCCAGCCACCCACCACACAGGAAUUCAAACCCUGAACCAAGUCCUUGAAUUCCAAGCUCCCAACCCAAAAACCAAAAACCCCAAAAAAAGUUUAACUACGAAAUGGCUGUAAAUCACCAAAGUCUUCAAAAUCGUCAAAUGGCUGCAAAUCACCAAAGCCUUCAAAAACCUCAACUGCUCCCCCAGCCACCCACCACACAGAAAUUCAAACUCAGAAAAAAAAAUUUGAAAAAAAACAACAUGGCCCAAUGGUCACAGAAAAUCAUAAAAAUUCAGAAAAAACCCACACAAGCUCCCAGAUUCUUGCAAACCCCUCCUCAACUGUCCCCCCAGCCACCCACCACACAGAAAUUCAAACUCAGCAAAUGUUUUUUGAAAAACAACAACAUGGCCCAAUGGUCACAGAAAAUCAUAAAAAUUCCAAAAAAACAACACAAGCUCCCAGAUUCUUGCAAACCCCUCCUGAACUGUCCCCCCAGCCACCCACCACACAGAAAUUCAAACCCAGAAUUUUUUUUUUUUAAAAAAAAGAAAGUGCCCCAAUGGUCACAGAAAAUCAUAAAAAUGCAGGGGGGAAAACCACACAAGCUCCCAGAUUCUUGCAAACCUCUCCCCAACACCAAGUCCUUGAAUUCCAAACACCCCAACCCAAAAUCCAAAACCCCCCCAAAAAGUUUUAAAAGUUUAACUUACCAAACAGCUGCAAAAGAAGUUUUGGAAAAGCUUCCAAAAUCAGCAAAGUCCUCAAAAACCUCAGAAAAGGCUACCACACCGCGUGCAAUGUGUUGCUCCUCGAAGUCAAGUCGCAACUGCACCUCUUCAAGCAAUGCACCCUGGGUAUUAACGGUUUUACGAAAAAGGAAACAAACUUGUAAGACGUUUUCGUCUUGUGAAGCAAGCCCAUAGGGAAAUUCGUCUUGCGAAGCAGCUCAGAAAACGGAAAACCCUUUCGUCUAGCGAGUUUUCCGUCUUGCGAGGCAUUCGUCUUGCGGGGCACCACUGUAUUCCUUAGCCUGUUGAAAUUUAUUUCUCAGUUUUAAAUCUAUCACUGUUUCAUCCCAGGAGUUAUACAGGGGAGCUCUUUCUACACAAUGUUAUAAAAAGAACCUUGUAGGGUAUCAAUGUGAUUCUUUUUAAAUCUGUUCAUUUGGAAUAAUAUUUAACCCUUGCAUAUUUAUAUAGGGUGACAAAGUACUGUUGUCCCUUGUUUUAGUUCAUACUGUUAUGGUGAAAGGCAUGGUGGCAGGAGCCUGAGGGGAAAGAGACAGAUUUCCAUUAUUUUAAUCUAUCUAGUCUUAGUAGCAGAUUUGGCCAAUUUAAGGAUCCAAUAUAUAAUUCCCUGUAAUACACAAUACCUCAGUCAUCUGUUGGGAAGUGAAAUGGGGCCAGCUAAAAAUAAGGUGGUUUAUGCAAACUCAGGUGAUUCCCUGUGUUUGUGGAAGGGUGUUAUUUUGUAAAUGGAAAAGCAAAGGGAUAUUUAGAACGUAGGACCCCAUUGCAAGGAUCCCAUACACAGGGACUGCAAGGGCCUGCUGAAACAGAAAACAACCUCAUGGCAUUCUACAGUGAUGUUUCGUGACGGGGGUGGGGAGACUUACACCCCAACACCCAUAGCAAUAACAAGCUUAAGAUCAUGGCUGGCAGCUAGACCCAAACCUAAAUCCUUUAGCAUUAUUUAGCAAAUUCCAGGAGGCAGAGAGAGGCUGGGAAAGGUGUCCUUUUUCCUCCUUUUCCCUUCUUUUUCUAUCCCAAAACAUUCUCUCCACUAUGAGCCUUGAACAAAGCUACUGUUCCAGGCUGCAGCCUUGGACAGGAGGAUGUUUCUUAGGAAGUGGGGAUACAUGCAUGUUCUUAGGCUGGUAUAUUAUCUAUUUAAUGUAUAAGGAAAUCCCUAAUCCUAAAGGAAUGUAAACUGUCUAAAAGCUAGAUAACUCCUGUGAGACCUGUUAUAUUUUACUAAGCACCACCAGCCAGUUACAACUUCAGAAUUUAUCCAUUUAUUUUUUGAAUUUAUAUCCCACCCUUCAAUGCAUUAAGGAUGAAUAAGACAUGAAAAUGCAUAGGUACACUCUAUGCCUAAGUUCCAGAAUCCUGUUUGGAAUCUCACAGAUUCAAUUUCUUUUCAUGAAUUUUUAAAAAAGUUGUUUGUUUUUUGAAGGACAUAUGUUAGAAUUAGGCUUUAGACUCUAAAAGUCUUCACUGCUAUGUGUACUAAAUGCUUUCAAAGUGGGUGGUGUUUGGGGUUUUGUUUUUGCGUUUUUCUUUUGGUGCAAUGGGAUUUUUCUGCUUUGUCCACAAGAACAUGUGCCAUCUUGACAAGAACAGCACCAAAUUUAGUCAGGUCAGCUAUGCGGGUGCUAUCUUAAUAAACAAGCAUCCUUGUUUAUUAAUCUGAAUGAUGCAACUACUAUUUGUCACCUCAUAGCAGACCAAACUUUGGAAAUGUCUCUCUGACUUGCUUUUGUAAGAUUCUAAAGCAUCUAUAAAGAUGUCAGGAAAUACCAAACACUUUCUGCACCCAAAAGGCUUUUGUUGUUCACACUUUGCACUGAUAAAAAAUACCUAUUACAUUACCCCCAUCACUAAUUAUUGUCCAACUCCCAUAUAAUCUACUAGUAGCCUUGUACCCAGCUUUGCUCAGGAAUUCUAAGAAACUAUACCAAAAAUAAAGUAAUGCAAUUUUGAAAUCAGUGGUUAAAAUCAGUGUAGUUUUGAAAGGUCCGGUUCACCAUCUUGAUUUCAAAUGGCAUCCAGUUGUACCCACAUUUAUGUCUGCUCCUUGGUCUUUGGAACUAUCGUGCAAAAUUUAGUUUUGAUAUCCUAAGAGAUGUCCAAAUGCCUAGUGAACAGACAAAUAAACAACUUUCCACAAUGUGUGAUAGAUAAGCUGCUAUUUCACUAAUGCACAGUCUAGAUGUCAUUUCCUGAUCACAAACUACUGUAUUUUUCCAUGUAUAAGACACCCCCAUGUAUAAGAUGACCCCUCUUUUUUUGAACCCAAAAUUAAGAAGUCGGGCCAGAGCCCAAACCAGAACCCGGGCCACCCGCACCAGAGUCAGAGCCACUGUGCAUUCACCAUCCAUGAAUAAGAUGACCCCAUUUUUUUACUUACAUUUUAAAGCAGGCUUCCACAACCUCGGCCCUCCAGAUGUUUUUGGCCUACAACUCCCAUGAUCCCUAGCUAGCAGGACAAGUGGUCAUAGAUGAUGGGAAUUGUAGUCUCAAAAACAUCUGGAGGGCCAAGGUUGAGGAAGCCUGAUUUAAAGCAAAAAAAAUUUGUCUUAUACACAGAAAAAAUACAGUACAUUUAAUAAUGGAAUCAUGCACACCUAAUAACUCUCCCAUCCAUCUCACGGAUGAAUUUCUCUGUUCUCCUCUCAAUUAUCUUUAAUAGAAUAAGGAUUACAUCAGCACUGGAACUGGUGAAUUUUGUGAAUGACCAAUAACUCAGAGAUAUACUAGGGAACACUGACAGUCUCCUAAAUGAGGUUGUCAACAUUCUCUAGUGAAUGUCUGACAAAUGAGGGCAUAGUAAUGCUGACAUUAGCACAAUACAUCUGGGAUUCUCACUAUUAGAUAUGAAUGGGAACAUUUACCAAAUUCCUAGCAUACUUUGUAACAAAUAUACACUUUUACUUUCAUAUUUCACUUUUUGUCAAAGUCUCAUUUCCUUUUACAGUGGUGCCUCGCAAGACGAAAUUAAUCCGUUCCGCGAGUCUCUUCGUCUAGCGGUUUUUUCGUCUUGCGAAGCAACCCUAUUAGCGGCUUAGCGGAUUAGCGGCUAUUAAAGGCUUAGCGGCUUAGCGGCUAAAAGGCUAUUAGCGGCUUAGCGGCUUAGAAAAAGGGGGGGAGCGAAAAAAAUCUCAAGACUCGCAAGACAUUUUCGUCUUGCGAAGCAAGCCCAUAGGGAAAUUCGUCCUGCGAAGCACAUCGAAAAACGGAAAACCCUUUCGUCUAGCGGGUUUUCCGUCUUGCGAGGCAUUCGUCUUGCGGGGCACCACUGUAUUACAUCAUGUUGCAGUGCAGAGUUAAAGGUCUGUCAUGUUGGCUGCUAAGGAAAGGAGCUGCUUCAAUACCCUGAAUAGUGGAAGCAUGUUCUCAAUGGGGUUUCUGAGAGAUUCUCAGUCUCCUGCAUCUAAUUCAGCCCAAUCCAGAUACUCUGUGUUCUUCCGAAUGCCUGCCACAGGAAACCAGCAACACUUGUGUGGGUAGAUCUACAAGUCACUAUUUGGAAGAAAAAACUUUAGUUAUAUUAAGGUAAAGGUAAAGGGACCCCUGACCAUUUGGUCCAGUUGUGAUUGAUUCUAGGGUUGCGGCGGUCAUCUCGCUUUAUUGGCCGAGGGAGCCGGCGUACAGCUUCCGGGUCAUGUGGCCAGCAUGACUAAGCCGCUUCUGGCGAACCAGAGCAGCGCACGGAAACACUGUUUACCUUCCCGCUGGAGCAGUACCUAUUUAUCUACUUGCACUUUGACAUGCUUUCGAACUGCUAGGUUGGCAGGAGCUGGGACCGAGCAACGGGAGCUCACCCCGUCAUGGGGAUUCGAACCGCCGACCUUCUGAUCGACAAGUCCUAGGCUCUGUGGUUUAACCCAUUAAUUAUAUUAGCAUUGCCAUUUUUUUUAAUGGAGCCCGAGAUAUUGCUUGACAUGAAAUAAUUUAGCUUUCUCCCUCACUUUUAUCUCCAUGCCGAUAAAAACCACUAAAUUUCUGUGGUUCUGGUUGCAGACAGUGAAGGGGGGAAAAAGAGUCAUCCCCAAAUGUGAACCCUUUAGCAGUGCAGGUGAAGAUUACAGGAAGCACAGAGAGGUUACCUGCACUUUACAGGUAGAUUUGAAUGGAAUAUUGGGUGUCUUCUUUCACUGAUGUAGCUAACAGCUGCAUUCCUCAAACCCUAAGCUAAUAGCCUCCCAAUGUUCUGGACUUCAACCUCUAUCACUGGAGAGUUAAGCACUGGCCAUGCAGCUGGGGACUGAUGGGAGUUGUAGCCCAAUACAUUUGCAGGGCACGCAGUAGGGGCAGACUGUCCUAGGAAAUAUGAAACUGCUGAGAGAGCUGCUGUGUGCAAAGAAAAGCGAGAGCUGGAAACAACUAAUUAAUCCCUGCUCAGCUAGUUCCCUGAACUACUGUCAGUAGUGACCUUUUCUAGUAUUUAUGAGGCUGUCCCCCCCCUUUACUGUUAAUUAAAGUGAUAAAGAACACCAGGAUUGGUGGUAUGAAUAUUUCUCACAAUAUUAAUAGACUUUGAUCCUUGUUUUUCACCCUGACUCUAGAAAAACUAAUCUUCAUAAAUUUAGCAGGUCUGUGUGGUAUGUCAUGCAGGAAUGGAAACAAACAGAAGCCUUUUGUGUUGCUAAAAGAACACACGUAGGAAGGGAUUAAAGAAGGACUGUUGAUAUCUGUAUUGCCACCUGUUCAGUUUAGUGUUUACCCAACUGAGUGGCGGAAUAUACUUAUUCCCAGUGAGCAUUUGUUUUUGUGGUGCUUCCUUUAGGGAACCUGCCAUCUCCUUUUAAUGAAUAGUAAAUAUGUAACUUACCAAACAGGAAACUGAUGCUCUAGUUGUGGCCCCCCUUCCUCAAUCUUUCCAUAGAUUCAAUUUUGUGUGUGAAAUAACAAGUGAGACCUGAUCCUCCUAGACUUGUUUACCUGGCUUGUUUAAGUCUCACUGAAACAAACUUGUAAGUGAUUAUGUGUAAGACUGAAGUCUAAAAUUUAUACAUACUUGAUAUAUUUUUAGUUACUCCCCUUGUAUAGUUUUAUUCUCGCCUUGAGGUUACACUGGCCUGUUGUAUUAAACUUCAGUAAAAAGUAGGCUUUUAGGCAAUAUCAGAUCAUCCUGUUCAUAGGGUAUGACGGGUGGUAAAUAGAGCAAUCUAUUAAGGUUGAACUUUUCUGGAUUGUAUCCAAUGGUGGCUUUGCAGAAGCUGAAUGCUACUUGCAGAAGGUGAGACACUUGGUUUUUCCCCAAUUCCUCCACCACCAAUGUUUAAUGUUAAGAAACAAUUAUAAAAGAGGCUCACAGAUGGCAAUCCUGUAUAUACUUACUUGAAAGAAAAACCCCCAUUGUUUUUCUGCUUUCUAUAGUUCCUACAUUCCUUGUAUUGUCGUAACUCUGAAUGCCAAAUCUACUAGCAGAGCCAUUAAAGAACUCUGUUAAAUGAUUCUCCUUGUUUCAUUAUGUUGUUGCAUAUCAGCUGACUUUUUAGUUGGAGUUUUCUGCCUUAGCACAGCAAAUUAAUGAAGGCUUUAUUUAGAGAAUGUACAUCAUGUCACAUACUUGGUUAUUCCACUCCUGAUAUAAGACUUUGCCUGGACGUUUGAAGCGUUGAUCACUCUGAAUAAUAGUUUCUAGUGGCAGCAGAACCUUUUUACAGUUCCACUGAUUAAUGGGAAACCACUAUGUUCAUCAUCUUCGUAAUUAAACAUGCCAUGCUUAUACAACACAUCCAGAAUAAUGAAUGUUUUUGCCCUUGUUUUGUUCAUAGGGCACACACAAAAAUCACUUGAACCAGACUAUUGGGUUUUAUUUCAACAAUUGGAGACAACAAUAACUAACUUUUAUUGUCUCCCAGACUCUGGUCAAUAUUAUUUAGGUUAUUUAUUUAUCUGCAAAAAGCUCAAUGGAAGCAGUCUAUUGAGGCCUACAGAAAACAUGAAAAUGGGCAAAUAGCUGAAAUAUUCCAUGUUGCACUCUAAACAACGAGCAACACGUUGGCUAAUAAUAUUCUGACAAUAUUUUUAUAACACUAUACUGUGUCAAAAUACAUAAACAGAAGAUAUACAAAAUGUGCAUGGAGUCACAAACUAAUAAACAACAAUUCAAUGUUCCAUGAACAGGAAUGGAAGGAGUGAUAAGUCACUAUUAAAGAUCACUAAGAUGGAGACAGAAUGCCUUUCCAAAGUCAAUAUCCUGUAAACAUGAGAUGAUGGGUGCUCCAAAUGUAGCAAUAGGGUGCUCCAAGCACAGCAGCAAACAGUACAGUUCUUCCAGAAUAAUGAACUGUUUCAAUGAUAAGUCUUCAUCAGCUGGCAAUAAUGUAAAAUAAAUCCCAUUACGUUCAGUUGCAAUACAGAAAUUGUAAUGACAAGCCUGCAUAUAAACAAUAAAAAAUACAUACCAAAUUAAUUGUCCGCAAAGGUGCAUCAAAUGGCCAUGGAUCAGCAAUCACUUGUAAAUGUAGUAAGCUGAUACUGUUGGUGAAACCCUAGACAGUGGUAGCUCGUGUUGCGUAACCUUCAGAUUACAGAAUCUUCGGGUUACGGCCACGGCAAACCCGGAAGUAUACACACACAUGCACAGAAGAGCACCUCCAGUUACGAAGUUUUCGGGAUAUGGCCGGGCCUCUGGAACAGAUCCCGUUCGUAACCGGAGGUAAGAUUGUAUUCCAUGUUGCAGACAGAAGCAUAUAUUGGCCCUGAACAUAUCUUGGCUCUACUUCUCCUUCCAAUCAGAACUAGUGAGGGCGAUGAAGGUCCUGUGUGAGUGUCUGGAGGCGGUUGGUUGGUUGGUUGGUUGGUUGGUGGACGGAUGGUGGCUAACAGAUUGAGGUUGAAUCCUGACAAGACAGAAGUACUGUUCUUGGGGGAUAGGGAGCGGGCAGGUGUGGGGGACUCCCUGGUCCUGAACAGGGUAACCGUGCCCCUGAAAGACCAGGUGUGCAGCCCAGGAGUCAUUCUGGACUCACAGCUGUCCAAAGGCAUAUGUUACUUUCUUCAGCUUCAUGUCUACAUCCAUCCAUUAUUUCUUCAGGUUCUUGCUUUUCAGGGUAUUAUCUAUUUUAUCCCAAUUACUGUGGUAAUCCUGCCCCCCCCUCUCAUUCCAUAGAUUUUCAGCCCUGCUCAUCUUCAGAGCCCUGCCCUGAUUAGCUCAUUCAUGUCUCAGUUACUUGUCUCUUGUCUAUUGCGCCUUUUCUUCAGUCAAUAUUUCUGUCAACCUGUCCCUCAGGUUUCUUCCCACUACUGUACUUGCUUUUGGUCUCCCUGUCCCUUAGCUCUUUACAGUUUAGGACCUCUUGAGCCUACCUAUUAAUAAGUUUGAUUUGCAUUGGUCAUCUUAUCUUAUUCAUAGCUGCCUUGAAGCCCCUAUCAGAGGGGGAAUCUACUGUGUUUCCUGAGCCGCUGUAUUGAUCAUGAGCCAGAGGGCUGCAGCUAAUUUUCAUUUAAAGCAAAUGUACAUUACAUACCCAGGAUGUUAUUUUUAAUUUGUGAAUGUCAUAUGAAGUCUUCAUUGUUUAAAAACAAACAAAUAAAUCUGAGAUUAGUGAAGCACCCAUUAAAUGUUCUCCCAGCCAUAUGGGAGGUAUCUACGAGCAGAUCCUAUGCAGUUGGGGUUGUAUUUAAUUGAUCCGACCACAUGGAGCGACACAAAGCUCUGCCCAUGUGGUUGGGUCAUCUGCAAGGUAUGGGGGACUCUGUUAAUACAUAAGUGUUUCCCCACCCAUGACUGAGAGAAUAUUAUAAAGAGCACCUGAAAUACCCAGCAAACUGUGGGAAUAUAUAUAUAUAUAUAUAUAUAUAUAUAUAUAUACAGGACCUACGGACAGUCAAGUCCUUGUAUAAUGGGCAAAUUUCACAACAGAAUUCUAGAGCUGGCUAAAACCCCAAUGAAUGUAUCUCACAUUCUUCAUAGCCUUAAUUCUUACCUAGUUGUAUGACUGUGUUGUAGAUAUGCUGAUUAUUCCUUGCUUCUACAGUGGUACCUCGGGUUAAGAACUUAAUUCGUUCUGGAGGUCCGUUCUUAACCUGAAACUGUUCUUAACCUGAGGUACCACUUUAGGUAAUGGGGCCUCCAGCUGCCGCCGCACAAUUUCUGUUCUUAUCCUGAAGCAAAGUUCUUAACCUGAGGUACUAUUUCUGGGUUAGCGGAGUCUGUAACCUGAAGCGCCUGUAACCUGAGGUACCACUGUAUAUGCCUGUAUUAAUAACACACCAUUGUUUCAUGUUUGUUAUACACAGACCCUUGCCUGCAUCUCUACUGGACAUGGAUUUUUUUUUCUUGUUUUCUCUCCCUUCAUUCUCAGCAUAUUUGAUUAGAAGUGUUAUUAUAUUUGGUUUAUGAAGCUGCCAUUAUACCCACCUCCCUCUUGAAUGUGGGUGGUCUAGAGCACAUGAUUGGAGAAAAGCCCAAGCAGCUCUGUACACUUGCGUAGAUGUGCGCAUCUGAUGUGAGGGUCUGUUGCUUGCUAGCUGACUGUUUAAUUUAGCAACAUGGAAUGCUUGUCACUUAGUGUGUAAGGGGGUAAUCAUGCAAAUAGAUGUGGAGAAAAGAUGAUUGGGAAAUUGGUGUUAUAGCUGUGAAAGCUGCAAAAUACCAAUACACUUGUAGAUUUUCAAGCAGUUAUUUCUUCUAUGAGAUACUUUUGUGUGUGUGUGUGUGUGUGUGUGUGUGUGUGUAUGUGUGGCAUGCUUCACAAUAAUAUAUAAUAGACUGUUAGUCUCCCUUGCCCUUUCUGAAUAAUAUCUCUUCUUUCCAGUGUAGUGAAGGACAGACAGAUUCAUAGGUAUACAAAAUACUUUGUAAAGACUUAACCUGAAAUGUUUCUAAAACAACAGCCAUGAGCCUUUAAGAUUUAAGGAAUUGGGGGGUGGGUUGCAUUCAUUUUAUAAAGCUGUUUUUGUGCAAUCCUGCAGGCUAUAAACAAAAAAGCACAGUGGAGUCUAUAGGCCAUACAGAAGUACCGUAUUUUUCGCCCCAUAGGGCGCACCGGCCCAUAGGACGCACCUAGCUUCCCCCCCCAGGUGCGGGGCUGGGGCAGGGGAAGCCCAUGCUUCCCCCCGACCCCAGCCCCCAGAACAGGCUGCUCUCCGCAAGCCGUGGGAGAGCUGCCCGAAGCCCGAAGCCCGAAGCCUGGGGUGUGCUGAGCUGGGUGUAGGCAAGCUGUCCCACGGCUAGCGGAUAGCUUCCUGAAGCCUGGAGAGCGAGAGGGGUCGGUGCGCACCGACCCCCCUCACGCUCCAGACUUCAGCGAAAGCCUGCAUUCACCCCAUAGGACGCACACACAUUUCCCCUUCAUUUUUGGAGGGGGGAAAGUGUGUCCUAUAGGGUGAAAUAUACAGUACUUUAAAAGGGACGCAGGUGGCACUGUGGUCUAAACCACUAAGCCUCUUGGGCUUGCUGAUUGGAAGGUCGGCAGUUCGAAUCCACACGAUGGGGUGAGCUCCUGUUGGUCUGUCCCAGCUCCUGCCAACCUACAGUUCAAAAGCACACCAGUGCAAGUAGAUAAAUAGGUACCACUGCAGCGGGAAGGUAAACGGCAUUUCCAUGCAUUCUGGCACUCAUCACAGUCCUCCGUGCACCAGAAGCGGUUUAGUCAUGCUGGCCACAUGACCCAGAAAGCUGUCUGUGGACAAAUGCUGGCUCCCUUGGCCUGAAAGGCAAGAUGAGCGCCGCACCCCAUAGUCGCUUUUUACUGGACUUAACCAUCCAAGGAUCCUUUACCUUUUACCUUUUUUAACUUCAAAAGGUUGCCUAACCCAGUUCUAGGGGAAGUCGUUUUCAUUCUGUUAAAGACGGCAUAAUCCAUUGUUUCUUUUCCUUGUUGAUCUGAAAAAUCUCAUCAGCAUAUUAUCAGUUGUGUGGUCGGGCAACCAAGGAGCAAAGCAGUAGUUUUUUCAAGACAGAAAGCACUCUGGCUGUAAUUAAAAUCCACAUCCUCAUUAUGGAUCACUCACUAAUGGAAACAGCAUUCAUCAGGGCAUUUGCAAGAGGACAAUCAUUCUAAUAUUGUUUGCCUAUUCAGUUAACAUUACUACACAUAGCAGGCUUUCUCUUUUUAUAGGUGAAAUUUCUGUUUCAUGCUCUUCUUUCCAUUUUGUCGAGCAAUUUUGGUGCCCUCCUUAAACUGCUCUGAGAUAGAGACCUUGCUCCGGGUAUAUUGUCUUUUUGAAAAGCAAUAUUUGUAUUAUGCACAAUAUGGCUUUUUUUAGUUGGUACUAGUAAUCUGGAAUGGGAUCCCUAAGGUGAUCCUGCAGACAACUUUCUUAUUGUGUUUUAGCUGCACAUUUUAAACCUUUAUAAUUCUGAGUUUAUUAAUUGGUAACAAGAAUAUUUAACUUUCUACUGGCUCAGUUUCUAUUUUUUUAGGCCUUCUCAGGCUUUCUUAAACCAUUCAGUUUGUGUUAAGAGAGAGCAGAGAAAUAAUACCAACAGAGGCCACUGAAAUCCUGUUUUAUUAGAGGGAGGAUUCUAUUCUAGUCCUCUCUUCUCCAGAUAAUGUUUGGGUAGAAUCCUUAAAUUUCUGCUUGCCAUUUUGCAGAUACUUUCUUUAAAUUUGCAUAUUACCACAGCUGAAUAAUAUUUUAAAGCUUAUCAACAGACAUUUACAGUAUUUUGUGCACUGUUACAAUUUGUACACGUUUUAAUUGUUAGUCAGUAAUAGCUAGCAUUUUUCCUGGUAACCACAAAUUUCCUAUUUCUCGCAACCCAAGGGUUGUUAAAGUGUGUUAAAAGACAUGUAUGACCUGGUUUACUUUCAGGCUAACCUUCUCAGGGGCCACUGUAAAAUCAUCCUUCCACAAAUCAGAGGCUAGGUGGAGAUGACCACAACCCAACAUUCUGCGCCAUCUCAGCUACGAUUUGGCUUGUCCUAAGCUUGCUGGGAACUGUUGUAAAGCAGAAUUCAUACGAUGAGUUUUGACAGAGGGUAGAUGCCCCAUUUUCAGAUUUUUGGGUCAUUGGGUUUGAUACCAAAAUAGACAGUUUCAUGUGACAUUGAACUUGUCUUUCUUAUUACUCAUGAAUGAAUGGAACCCAAGUCACUACAUGUGAUGAUGGGUGGAUAUCCUUCAGAAUAUAAAGAGCUGGACAUGAUUUUUCCACCAGGUCAGACUGAGUAGUGACCCCCCAGAAGGCGCUCCUUCUUUAUUCCUAUACUCUCUUCUGGGCUACAUGAAUUAAUCUGUGGGAUCCUGCCUUGAGGAGAGGUUUGAUUUGCCCCUCUGGUCUGUUUCUGCCUUGUGAUUCUGUGAUUAGCAAAGGUAGGACAUGUGGUGGACUUGCUUCUCGGUGAACUUCAUAGCCUUGACCAGGGUUUCAGGGCACCUUCCUACUAAAGCUCUUGCCCUCUGUUGUUCCUUUGAUUGCAGGUCCUGCUCUGUAUAACAUACACUCCAACAUUUGAGCUGAAUGGGAGUUCGGUACUUAAGCUUGCUGAGGUGAGUGCUCCUUCUUCACUGGGCUAUGUUAAUAAAUUAACCUAGCAGUCUGUCACUAGAAGGUGCCUUUAGCAGCUAGGUCAGAGAUAAAUUACUCAAAUGACAAGAGGACCAACUUAAUUUGGACUUGUGCAUGAAUUGAACCUAACUAUCGAUUGAAUUUACACAUUCUAUGAUUUUUUUUUUCAAUGCUUUUUCAGUUCAGAUUCAAAUAUGUAAAGAUGGCAUGAUUCCAAUGCGUAAGACCAAAUAAUAAAAGAGGAUCGGUGGGUAAUUGUUUAAGCUGCUAUUAAACUAGGGGCUAGUUCCUAUUAAAGUGUUAAGUCUGUGUUAGGGUUCUACUAUUUCUGACUGCAUGGUGAAAUACACCUCUAUAUAUAAUACAAUUAAAGCAUAUUUUCUGUCCCCCACCCCCAAGAAUCUUGACAACAGUUGUCCCCCCCCCCCCGGUGCAAUUCCCCUAAUAAACUACAAUUCCCAAGAUUCUUGGUGGGGGGCGAGAUGGGCUUUAAAUGUAGGGCGCUUAUGCAGAAUAAAUAAGGCUAUGCUAGAUCUCAUGAUGUUCCGAAUAUCUAGCAUUUUGUGUACAGCCAUUUUGGUUUUGGUUUUGGUUUUGUUUUUUGCAUGGAAGAACACUGAAUCAUGUGACCUCUUACCUGGAGUCUGAAAUGGUACAUUCCAAAUAGAGGUGUAUAUAUGAAUGAAACAAGUAAGCCUCUUCCAUCAAAAUAUGAGAAACUAUAUUAAAACCAUCAGGUAACCGUUCAGACUGGAGCCCUAGUAGUUUUCUUGCUUGGGAAAAUAUUGUGGUAUAAAUGAUACUAUUUAGACUUGGGUGAUUCAGAAUUUAGACUGUUGUCAGAAAUAGUUCUAUAUCAUUUAACUUUCAUUUUUAUUUAUUAAAUUUGUAUACCACCCUUCAUCUGAAGAUCACAGGGUGGAUCACAACAUAAAACAAAAAUAAAAAAAGAUGAGAUACAUAAUAAAAUGAAAAUGAAAACAAAACAAAACAAUAACCACCCUCCUACUUCUACCAAUUAUAAUUAUGUUGGUAGUCUUAUUUUAUUACAUCUAUAAUUACAUUGCUUCUUCUGUUCCUUUCUCCCUUCUCAACCAGGUGUGCAUUGAAACCUAUGUCUCCAGUUACCAUCAGCGGAGUAUUAAUACAGCUGUGCGGGCAACUCUCAGCCAGAUGUUGAGUGAUUUGACUUUACAGUUACGGCAAAAACAAGAGAAUCCAGUGAGUUCUAUAGCAACAACAAUGGGUUGUGAUUUCCUCGCAAUGCUACUUAUGGCUUCAUUCAGACAGCACUUUAUUCCCUUUUCCCGAUGUUUCCUUACCUGUUAAUUUCCAUGUUUUAUAUUAUCUUUCAUACAGUAUAAAAGCCACUUCUGGAAAACUAGCAUCCAGCAAAAGUUUAGUGCGCCUUUCCAUGUUAUGGAAAUUGCUUCCAUGUUAGCAGCCAGAAACAUGGCUGUUUGCAACCCCAUUAACUUGGAAAAUCACAGGAGUUUUGCAAUUUUAUGUGAUGAAAUUCAGGGCAAUAUUCCAGCAUAUAGUUAUUUCCUGCCAUUUAAAAUGUAUCUUGGUACGGCACUAAAUAAAUAAAUAAGUAAGUAAGUAAGUAAGUAAGCAAGCCGCAGUUCCAUACUGCAAUACAUAAUGCAAUGUAAAAGAAAUGUUGGAAUCCAGGAUAAAAGUGCUAGCAUUAUAGUCAGAAAAACUAAUGCUAUAGUGCAUUUGUUUAUCUCAUAUAGAGACAGAAAAUUUUUCAGAGCCCGGCUUAGCAACACACUAUUGCAGCGCUGAAAGCCCAUCUGGAAACUCCAUAAUUCUCCUCUGGAUCGGGUUAGAGUCUUGUCUCAGGAGUGGUUUCCUUGAUUGCUCAUACGUCUAGAAAUAGAAAAGUGAAAAGCUGUUCUUCAGUAAACUUGGAUACUUUCCCAUACCUGUGCUAAUGACAAAACAUUUCUUUCAUGAAUAGACAGCUGAAAGCCAAGGAGUCCUUCAGGGGUGCAAGAGCCCAGGUAUGAGUUCAUAACUACUCAGAAACUGGUUUAUUUCUCCCCUUCAACUCCCCCCCCCCUCAUCAUCAUGCCUAUGCAAAAUUAUUGUGAAUUUUGUUACAAGCCACCCCAGUCUCUGCCAAGCGGUAGCAAGGUUCCAGGGGUCUUAACCAGAGUUUGUGUUCCUUUGGAAUGAGACGUGGCAGAGGUGGCAGUGUCUCUAAGAAAUAUGGUUUAUUCACAUAUAUUUACAUCUGAGUAUUAUGGAGGGAGAGUUCAUAGCAUGUACACCUCAAGAGGGGCUUGUCCUUCCCAGCAGCGCUGCAUUGGAUCCAGAGGCAUCCUAAGCACCAUCCCUGUGUCUCUCUGUCUUUCAUGCAGUUGUCCUUGAAACCUUGCAUGGAGUUCUGCUCAUUUCCUCCUUCCCAGCAACACUUGCAAGAAAGAGCUCCUCCCCUUCCGCUUCCAGCAUUCCCUUCCCCCAACAGCUGGUCAAAUCGUUUUCCUCGGUAGAUAUUUCAUUCCAUAUUUUGUGCCAGAGCAUUGAAUUAGGGGCAGAGGAGAGUCCUGUCCACAUAUCCCCAGAUAAAGCUUCUCUUUCAACGCCAUAUCCCAUGUCUUCCUCAUCAUAUUUUGUGCAAAGUUUGAAGUCACUGAAGCUGGAGAUGUUUCUGCAGGUGUCAAACUUUGGUCUAGUUAGAUGUACACAUGGCUGCUGCUAAUAUGUGUCCUUUACCCCUUUUGGAGAUUCUACCACAGAGUCCCUUUGUGACGAUGUUGUCUCUGUCUUCGCGGUUCUCUGUGAAAAACUUCAGGCAGUUAUCAGGUGAGUAAUUGUUUCUGAAUUUAAACUAAGUGUUUAGGUAGAAUCACUCUAUGGUAUAGAAUCAACCUGAACAUUGAAGCAUCUGUUUCAGACUUCUGGUACCUCUUGCCUUUUUAAAGAAAAAUGCUCUUCUGCACAUACAGAACAGCUAGAAAAAUACAUAGAGAUAAUGUCACAGAAAAAUGCAUUUUUCCCAUUCCUCCACUCCCUCACUGGGCUACUUAAUCCCAUGUAGUGCUCUGCUGUUUCCAUCAGCAAUACAAAAAUGGAAAAUGGAAAAUUUUUAAUGCAAUUUUUCUGUUGCAGAAACUCAGUAGCUUCAGACCUAUGAAUAAGGCCAUUAGUAGGGAUUAGUGACACACCUUUCUAGACUUGCUGAUAUUAGUUUUGGAUUUAUUACUCCAUUAUGGAGUUUUAUUUUUUGUCUGUUGUCUACUUGUGUCCACCUGAUGACUGAAUUCAAAGACAGUAGGGAACAACAAUUAGCUAUCUUUCAAAAAAAAAGAAUUGUUCCAUUAAGCAGUUAAAGCAACUUAAUCUUUUCAUUUUGUGAUAAGACAAUGGUAAGCCACCUUGAGUAUUGCAUGCCAGCGUGUAAUUAGCACACAUUUAAGUUAAUUAGUCCUUGACGUGCUAGGCUGCGAUAUAUGAACAGAAUCAUGGAAAAAUUAUUUGAGAAGUGAAUUGGCUAACAAUAGAGUAACUCUGAUCUACACUGCAAAAGCAGGCAUUUCCCAUUUCCCAGUAAUUAUCAGUACUAAUGUGUCCUAUAUUAAGUUUAAGUAAUUACUCGUACAUCCAAAUAACUGUAAUUAUUUGCAUGUAGGAUCUGUCUACUUUGUAAUUGCAAGCAGUUUAUUAGCAGUAGCUUUAUUUAUAUCUAUUGCAUUUUGUGCUAAUGGCACACAUUCUUAAUUACUGCAACAAUCCUGUAAGUGAAGUAGUUGUUAAUACUGAACAGCAGUAUGCAUUAUAUAUUAUUAUUAUACUUGCGAAGUGCCCAUUAUUAUACUGAUCAGUGAACCCUUCUACAUUAAAUAUGUUUGGGAGUUUUUACUAAAAUAUUUUAAUUUAUUGCUUCAGUGUUUUUUACCAUGUUCAUGUGAUUAUUAUUUUUUAGAAUUCUGCUUGUUCAUUUUGUGACAGCCCUGAACAUUUUCAUGAGAAACUGAUAUUUCUACUUAGGAGAAAUUGAUUCUGGAUAAUUGCAUUCAGCUGCUUUUAUGUCCAUUUUCUUCACAGAGAAUUUUCCUUUUGUAUUUUUCCAUGAAAUAGGAAGAAAAAGUAUUUGCUUUUUUAUUUGUAUUAUUGCAUCUGGUUGAAAAGAACAAUAAACCGUAAGACACUUUGCUUCCAUUUGUCAGUGAGAAUCAGCAGUUGCAACUUCUCUUCUUGGAAUGCAUUCUUUCGAUGCUGAAUAGUUCCUCUCCUAAUAUGCACCAUCAUAAAGGAUUCACUGACCUCAUAUGGUAAGUAAAUCUGCUUGGAACCUUUUGGAGUGCAAUUCUGUUCACUCAUUGGGUUCAUGGCUUACUCCCCGUUAAAGGAAGAUUACAUUCUUCGAGAAAAACUGGAGUUUCAGUCCUACAUAAAUGUGCUUAACCAUACUGGAGCAAAUAUAAAAUAGUUUUUUUGUCCAAUCAAGACUAUAAGUCAUUCAGGGUUGUAAACCCUGCAAGGACCCUCCAUAAGUAGAAGAGGCUCUUCAUGCGAUACUGCUGACCUCAAACUUAUGGAUGGCUCUAAACUUGGAUAAACGUGAUGCACCAGAGAGGAUGGGAUUUUGUAGCACAUAACUGCUUCUCCUCAAUUAUUGUUUGCAUUCAAGAAGACUAAGCCCCCAAAGAGGGCUUUGGUAAAUGAGAAAUUGUCAUGAGUAUGUCAUUCUCCAUGAUAAAAGUAACCUCUGGACCUCUUUGCCAGAGAGGCCCUUUCAAGCCUUUCCAAUAAUAAUACUGUCUCCAUUCCCAAGGGAAUAGGUGCCCUCAUUCAUUCAACAGAUGCUCAUAAUACUGCCUCUAUAUUAAAAUUGUGUGUGUAGAAUAUAGACCGGGGUAGCCCUGGGUCAUAUGACACAGUAAGCUAAAAAAUUAUUUGCUCCUCUGCUUUAUACAGUUGCACAGCGCAGAGCUAAGUCAAGGUUUGUGUGUCAUACAAACCAGGAUGUGUGGUUAAGCUCUCAUCACACUAGCCAUGAGCCACAGCUCUGUUUUAGAUAAAACACUUAGCCAAACCUUGGCUUAGCUCAUUGCUGAGUCAACAUGUUCACCUGGUCCUGCUAAGUUAUAGUUUGGCAUACAGUGUCGUGCCCAAUGUGCUCCCCUCCAGAUGUUGUUUGACUCAAACCCCCAUCAGCCCCAGCCAGCAUUUCCAGUAGUCAAGAAUGAUAGCCAUUCUAGUUCAGCAAUAUGUGGAGGGCACCAUUUUGGCUACUCCUGAUAUUGUGACGUUUGACUUCAAAAAGGUGUGCCGGUAAAGAUAUAGUAGCUACAUUUAUAUCUGUAUAUAUAUUAUAAUUCUAUUUACAUAUGCCUCUUCCGUGGCGGCGGCGGCGGUGGUUCAAUUUCUGUAGGCAUUUUAUGGGUGCUGAGUGCUUUACAAUGAUCUCAUUUAUAAAUGUAACUGAAGUUUGUUGUUCAAUGUGAGUACAGUGGUACCUCGGUUUAAGAACAGCCCUGUUUACGAACUAUUCAGUAUACAAACCCCGCAAAAGCGGAAGUAGUGUUCCGGUUAGCGAACUUUACUGUCAGGGGACUGCCAUAGCAACGGGGGGGGGGGAGGCAGGGGGAUACAGAGAGCCUCCUAUGCUUCUGAGGAGCAGCCCCUCUUCGAGUGGUGGGGGAAAGCCACACCUCCAGUGGAGCAGGGGAGGAAGGGGAAAGGCGAGCGAGGGGAGGGCUCGAAGAUGCUACUGAGAGCCCAAGCACCUCACCUUUCCUGGCUGACGAGGAAACAGGCACGCUGUUUCCAUCACCCAGUUUGCACAGAGGGGUGAAACGUAAGGAGGGGAGGCGGAGAUUUGGGGUGUCUAAGUUCUUAUGUUGGGGGAGAAACCGGAAGGGGCCACUCCCGGAAUCUGCAAGUGACUAAGACGGACAUGAACUUUGUGGUUCUGCACUGUAAAUAGUUUGCACAAAAUAAAAACAUGCAAAAGACAGGUCAGAGUCCUGCCUGGUUACUCGUGUGCAACCACCUCACCACCUGACAUUUACCUUGGUCUACGAAUGGAAGCUGAACGGUGGAAGGGCAGGAGGCCUAAUUAGGGAAAGUGUGCCUCGGUUUAAGUAUGGCUUUGAUUUAAGAACAGACUUCCAGAACGGAUUAAGUACAUAAACUGAGGUACCGCUGUAGUGUGUUGAUUCCUCCCUGUUUGCCACCUAUUUGUUUUUUCUGUUUCGCUUCCAUGCUGCUUUUCUUUUUCAGGAAGCAGCUGUGCCCGGCUCUUGUAGUAAUCUUGGGAAAUCCAGUCCAUGACAAAACCAUCACCUCUGCUCACAGCAACAUCUUCCACGAAGCUGAUUCUCCUUCCUCAGGGGUCUCCGAUCACGGCAGAGGGUCAGGUUGCUCUUCCAAUGCGCCUGCCCUUAGCAGUCCUGCUGCCCGGACAAUCUAUUACAUUGCAGCAGAACUUGUCCGAUUGAUGGGAUCGGUGGAGUCCAUGAAGCCGGUCCUGCAGUCUCUUUAUCACCGAAUGCUUCUGUACCCCCCACCUCAGCACAGAGUGGAGGCUAUCAAGAUCAUGAAAGAGGUGAGCUAACUGCAAAUACCAUUUUGUUUGUACCCAUCUCCACCCCAUGGAUUUCCUUUAUUGACCCAUCCACCCCCCAUUUCCUUUAUUGACUGCAAAGAGUUCAUAUUCAAAAGCAAUUCUGUAUAUAGAUUGUUUUCGUGUGAAACAAUAAAUGCAGUGAUAAAAGAAGCAGGGGAGGGACACAAACCCAACCGUGACAUUUCAAAGUAAAACACAAGUAAUUAAAAAGUCUUCAUUCUAUGGACUCAAAAACUGACAGAAUAUGUGGAAUUAGAUAGCUUAUCAGAAAAAAUAAAGAAUAAACCAAAGCAGGAAUUUGUCUCAAAAUGGGAAGUCUUUAAAAUAUAUUUGAAAAAUAACUACAGCAGUUUAAACUCUGUCACAGCAUUUGAAUCAUUUCAGUAGUAGCUUCAAGAAAGAUAUGAGACCUAAGUUAAAUUAAUAAUUAGUUAGGUCAUAACAAAAGUGUGUAUUGGCAACAAGUAAUAUACAGUUGAAGUAAGGAACAGAUGGGAGGUCGGGUCUACAGUCAGAAGACCAAUUUUUGCCUUAUUGUUUUGUAAAUAAUAUUUUGUUCAUUAUUAUUUUCGUUUUCUGUUUUUCUUUUCUUUCUUGGUGUAUCAACAAAAAAAUCAAAUAAAAAUUAUAUAUAAAAAAGUCUUCAUUCUAGAGCUGAAUUCAGACAGUGAAGAACGGUAAUCUGAGAGGACUCCCGGAGCAAUUAGCUCCAAAUUCCGGCACCAAAGUCUCUGGCCAUCUGACCCCUGCCCCUCCCUCCAGUUUUGCAACAUGUGAAGAAGAGAUGCCAAGCAGGGCUACUCCAAACUGAUCUCAAGGAAUGGAGGUGUAGGGAUGCUUUAGAGAGGUAGGCCAGGGCUGCUCUGUAACAUUUAGGCCGUCAGUGUUGGCAAGCUAACACAGGUUUUAUCUGCUUUCUGAAACCAACUUAUGUUAAUAAAUUGAUGGGUACAUCCUGCAUCCUUGAAUUAAUAAGCUCAAUGCAUCCUAGGGCAGAUCAGCUUACCGAAGAAAUAAGGUUUGUUCCAGCACCGUGCAUUUGAUCUGUGAGGAGUUUUUUAUAUUUCAUACAAAUUUAGAUACUUGGCAGUCCUCGGCGGCUUUGCGAUUUGGCAGGCCCCUGCUCUACUGAACCAGAAUGCAGGAAAAGGUCGAUUUCGAAAAGGAAGUCCCACCUGGAUCUUCUCAAACUGUAUGUUCUACUAGGUUUCCUUAAGCCAAUAAUCCUUUUUUAAAAUGCAUGCUUUUCCAGUUAAGAAAAAAAGAGAGAGUAAAGUGUGUCUUGUUUCUGUUUAUUGUAGUAUCUUGGACGGGAUGAGUGAAGCUUGCGCGAAAGGUGGGAUUGAAGCGUGCUAUGCUUCAGUGUCCUGUGUCUGUGCCCUCCUUGGCACCCUGGAUGAUCUCAGUCAAGGGAAAGGCCUCGACGAGGAGCAGGUCCAUCUGCUUCUCCGACGUAUGGACGAGUUAAAGGACGGGGGCGAGACAAGCAGAGAUUCCAUGGAGAUAAACGAUGCCGAUUUUAGGUGGCAAAGGCGCAUCCUGUCAUCAGAGCAUACCCAUACCCCCUGGGAAACUGGCAAUGAAAAGAGUCCUGACAUUAGUAUUAGCGUCACCACAGAUACUGGUCAGACAACCUUGGAAGGUGAAAUGGGGCAGACCACUCCAGAAGAUCGUUCUGAAAUUCGUAAAAAUUCUCUCCAGUCACCGGCUGGACAAAUGGGUAAAGAAAUUCAUUAUAAAGACCCAGAAUCAGAAACCAUUGACCAGCCAGAUGUUGUUCAACGGAGCCAUACAGUUGUUUAUCCAGAUAUAACUAAUUUUCUUUCAGUUGACUGCAGGGCACGUUCUUGUGGAUCCAGGUACAGUGAGAGCAAUUUCAGUGUUGAUGACCAAGAUCUUUCUAGGACUGAAUUUGAUUCAUGUGACCAAUAUUCCAUGGCAGCAGAGAAAGAUUCCGGAAGGUCAGAUGUUUCAGACAUAGGCUCAGACAAUUGUUCGUUGGCUGAUGAAGAGCAGACCCCAAGAGACUGUCCAGGUCACAAAUCCUUACGAACUGCUGCCCUUUCCUUGAAACUUCUGAAGAACCAGGAAGCAGAUCAGCACAGUGCCCGAUUAUUCAUCCAGUCCCUUGAAGCUCUUCUCCCUCGACUUAUCGCUCUUUCUAAAGUGGAAGAUGUUGAUUUGGCCCUCCAGAACUUCGCUUCAACUUUUUGUUCAGGUUGGUGAUCAUUUUCUUCACAGCCAGUAUUAAAUGAACAAUGCACAGCAUUGCUGAUUAAGGGUCUUUGAUAUGUCAAAUACUCUUUUCAGAUAUGUUUGAGAGAAUCUGCAUUCUAAUCCAUUUGCAGCCCUGUGAAUGAAUUCUGGAGUUGAUGCAAGGCACGUCUGUGUGGCCUGGCUCCAAUGUCACUAUUUUUUUUCCCUACAAAAGAAUGAAAACAUAUUUAUUUAAUUUAUUCAUUUCAUAAGAUUUUUGCACUGCUUGAUUGUAGAAACUCUCAAAGUGGUUUACCCGAAAGAUAAGGCAAUUAAAGCAGGAAAAAUUUACAACCCUGCUUUAAAAUAUACAUAAGUUAAAAUACUAAAACAGGUUAAAAUCACCUUAGCUUUCUAAACAUUUGGGUAGGCUUGUCUAAACAAGAAUGUUUUUAGCAAAUGUUGAAAAGAGUUCAGUAAAGGUGCCUGCUUGAUCUCAAUAGGCAGCCUGAAAAAGUUAUAUAUCAGAAUCUGAACCCUUGUGGACUUCUUAGGAAAGAUCUACAAACAAGGUACAAAAUUCCAGUCUGCUGCUCAUGGAUUUUUCCAGCAAAAUCCUUGUGGAAUUUUCAUUCUGACACAGCAGUUUUCAUUUGUAUUCCUGCAUUUUUGACCAAUUAGCCUAUUAUAACCUAUUGUAUUAUAUUACAUAAAACUGUUCAGCAAGCACAGUUUUAACAUAACAUUUCAGUCACACCACAUUAUCCUGGUGUCAACUUUAUAAGCUGUGUAUACGAUGUACAUAAUGAUAGGGUUACAGUAGUAUAUGGGGACUCUUUAAUGCUAAUCAAUUUCCAGAGCAAAUUAUCCCAUAAGCCAGAGGUUCAAAUGUUUUAGUACACUUAACUACUGGAUGUUCAUGUUUAGAUUUAUUUAAGAAGCAAGCUGUUCUCCACAUUACUAAUAAGCUGCGCCCACUAAUAUGGCAAACUGCUUUUGUAUGCAAAGGUGUGCCUUUAUGAUGUUUUGAGAACCUUUCUCCAAUAUAUUCUGUAAAGGUUCUGUACAAACAAGGUUCUAUGUAUAAAGGUUCUAUGUAUUGAAACCCAAACAAAAUCCAACACCUUAUUUACUACACCAGUCUGUUUUAAUGCAUUGCUGACAGUGGCAUCUACUUUCUUCAUGGGAGCGGGUGGCGCUGUGGUCUAAACCACUGAGCCUCUUGGGCUUGCCAAUUGGAAGGUCAGCAGUUCAAAUCUGUGUGAUGGGGUGAACUCCUGUUGCUCUGUCCCAGCUUCUGCCAACCUAGCAGUUUGAAAGCAUAUCAGUGCAAGUAAAUAAAUGGGUACCGCUGCAGUGGGAAGGUAAAUGGUGUUUCCAUGCCCUCUGGCUUCUGUCACUGUGUUUCAUUAACCAGAAGGGGUUUAGUCCUGCUGGCCACAUGACCCAGAAAGCUGUCUGUGGACAAACGCCGGCUCCCUCAGCCUGAAAGUGAGAUGAGCGCCACAACCCCAUAGUCGCCUUUGACUAGACUUAACCGUCCAGGGGUCCUUUACCUUUACCUUGUUCAAAAUAGAGCAGUCUCCACUGGGGCUGUGGAAGGCACUUUGGCUAGUGCAAUAAAGGUUUCUGAUCAUGUAGUUACAGAAAUGUGAGUUAUAGUGCAGUAACUGGUAAAUCGCCAUAUAAAAAGAAAGCGGCCUUGCAUCUCUAAAGCCAGAUUUCUCUUACAAGGCACUUGCUAUAGCUCUCUGUUUUUUGGUAGGUAUGAUGCACUCUCCAGGAUUUGAAGGGAAUGUCGCCUAUAGCUUCCAGACACUGAUGAAUGCAGAUAGUCUCUAUAUGGUCUCUCAUUAUACUCUCCUGCUCAACCUGAAGCUGUCCAAUGCAGAUUACUACCGAAAGAAGCCUGGCCAGUCCCCUGUGAUCAUGGUGAGUGGAAUGCAAUGCUGGGUAUGGUGAAGAACAACACACAUUUGCAACUACCCUGACUUCUUAUACCUUGUUGGCCCGCAGCUCAGUGAAUAAAUAUGAAGUACUCAGAUUUGAAGCAGGUUUGACCCAGGGGAGCAUUAAAUUGGAGCAACUGGGUCCAAAUCAGUUUCUGUCUGUUUCGUGGAUUUAAAGGGUAGGAGACUUCAGAAAGCAGAGAGGGCAAUAUUUUACAAAAGCUAUUCUUAGAAAAUACUAUGGGAAGGAAAAAUGAAAAUGUAUAGAAACAUUUGCCACCAGACUCAAGGGGAGUUUUGUCCCCUGGUUCUUUCACCAUAGGGAGAAAAGUGCUUCCUGAACCUCAUCAUUCUCCACUUUGCACAAACUAUAGUUUGUUGUGCUUGGACAAGAACCAAUGGUUUGCUAAGGACCAAAAGGAAGUUAGGGAAACAUGGCGGGGGGGUGCGGAGAGAAGCCAUCCCAAGGCUCAUUUUUGCACAAGUAUAUGACAUUAUGGUUUGGUGUCACAUCUGAACUGCAGCAGAGAGAAAGACGGGUGGUUAUUAUGUGUGCCGACAGAUGCAUAAUUUUAUCUAUGCUUGUCACCUUGGUUUUAUGCUUCUGAUCAUAUCUGUAUGUUUCUAGAAGUCUCUGAGGAAAAGCAACAUGCCCAGUAAUGCAGUGGUAGCUGAAUUGUGCUGUUCCAUUCUGCAGAAGGAGUUUAUGAAGCAGGUCCAAUCCAGUGGAGUUUUGAUGGUAUUUUCUCAGGCUUGGGUCGAAGAGCUUUACCAUCAAGUGCUGGAGAGAAAUCUUCUUGGAGAGGCAGGAUAUUGGGGGAGCCCUGAAGAGCACAGCCUCCCACUCAUCACCAUGCUGACUGGUCAGUAUGAUUUGAAUACUAGGGCGAUAUAGAAUUAAAUACACAUCUUUGGCUAAACGCAUUGCGUGUCCAAAAUGUCCCAGUCCCAGUCAGCAUGGCCAGUGGUCAGGGUCUAUGAUGGGAAUUGUUGUAUUAUCAUAAUGAUGACAGGUGACUGACCAGUGAGUUUUCCUGCCCACCUGUCUGUUAACCAACCGGUAGCGGUGGGGACUUAGAAAGACCUGACCCACCAGGCCAAAAAGGAUACCCACACCUGAUUUUUAUAAUGCCAUUUAUGAUAAGGUUACCAGAUUCUUUUCAAUGAAUCCGUGGACACAAUCAAUCAAUAUUACACAUUCGGGAUGUUGAUACUGCAGCGAUGGCGGUGGCAGAGGGGCGGCCGCUGCCGGGGAUCUCUCAGCUGGGAAGGAAGGCUUCCCGUUGCCUAACUGAGAGAUCCCUGCCCCCUCCUGCUUGCAUGCAAGUAGGAGUUGGGAGGCUGCUCCCUGCACCACCAUCAUAUGGGGACUUCUGAGCAGCUCCUGAAGCCAGCCAGAGCCAACUGCUCUGGGCUGCUGAGACUGCCGCUGCUGCAUUUCCCAGGGCCUUAGAUGAAAUCCGGGGACAUUCCAGGGAUGGAAUUUGUCCGGGGACUUAUUCACAAAUCCGGGGACUGUCCCCGGGAAACGGGGACAUUUGGUAACCCUGAUUUAUGACUGCAAUAACUUACAUUUUGCAGUUGCUUUGUUUUAGUGGCUCAGUCUGACUUUACGGAGGCACCUCCAUCCCUCACAACAUGAAAUAACAACUAGCAUGUGUGAACAAUCAUUAUAAAUAUCAAAUACCACAGCCAGAGCUUUCUUAUAUCACUUGUAAAAUGGCCUGUAUCCAGUGGCAACAGCAAAGCUUCUAGCAGGGGAACAGGCCUGAAGGUAAUUUUCCUUCUCACCUGUAGCCCCCCCCCUCUGCCCCAUGUCCUCCCUAAAUCUGCUGUGGAGAGUCCCCACAACUCUCUGGAGCAGAUUUAGCGUGGAGGAGGGGACCUCAGGAGGAAAGAAGAGCCACUGAAAAUGACUUCCCUUCCACUGUUAAAGGCUUUACUGUCAGCUGAGCAACACUGUUGGAUCAAUCUCAUACUAGUGGAGACGUAUCACACAUUCCUCUGCAACUCACUUGAGGGAAUUCAUGAGGCAAUUGUCCCUUAGGUGUUUCCCCCCUUUAUCCCAUAGUAACUUCUUGUUGCUUUUCUUUGCAGACAUUGAUGGUUUGGGGAGCAGUACAAUAGGUGGGCAGCUGAUGGCCUCUGUAUCCUCACAGUCUCCUCUCACCCACACCCGGAAGCCAGAUGAUGCUGUUCUUGCAGGUAAAGGAUCUGCAUCAAGGGACCCAUGAGCCACAUUUGUAUAUAUUUGUAGUAUUUCAGAUACGCCCCACCCCCCAAUCACUUAAUCUUCAUAUUUUUAUGCUGGAUGUGAGUUAGGUAAAGCUUCCUUCUCGGUUUCUUUAUCUCUCAUGUCUACGCACAUGAACAUAUGCUGAUCCAGGAACUGUGUUUUAAAUAAAUUAUUAUUUAUUAAAUUCAUUUGAUGCUUUUUACAAAAAUAGCUGAAAGUGACUUACAUAAAGUUAAAAUGCAAAGAUUCUAUAACACACACACACAAAAAUAUUGGUGGUUUUUAAGCAGAAGUUGGGUGGUCAUCUGUAAUGGAUGCUUUAGUUGAGAUUCCUGCAUUGCAGGGGCCGGGACUAGAUUACCCUCAGGAUCCCUUCCAGAUCUACAGAUUCUAUGAUGCAAAACCACCAAAGGAUUCCUUUUCAUAUAUGCAUACUGGGAAGCAGGGCUCAUUUGGGAGUGGAGCUAGCAACAUGGCCCCACUCCUGUUUCAACUUAGGAGGGAAUGAUGGAUUUUAAACUUUCGUCCCAGCUCUCUCCAGUCAUGAUGAAAAGCAUGUGUCUCCAUACCGCCUGUUAAUUAAGGGGUGGUGGGGGGACCUGACAUGCUUUGUAUUCUUAUUAUUUUAAUUGAUUACCCACCCUUCACUCUAGUUCCCAGCGCAGGUCACAGCAAUUUAAAAACCAUUUAAAACCUUACAGCUGUAACAAAAAUUGCAACCACAAAAUUGCAAUUUUGUCCAGAAAGGUGUCAAAGGCUGGGAUAAAGAGGUGCAUAAUGAUGCUGUUUGCAUCAUUUCCGUCUUGGCUCUGCCUGAUGCUUGUAUUUCCCAAGACUCCUAAUAAACCAUUUGUUUCUCCUUUCUGCUGCUUCAGGUACUGCUUUUGCCCGAUACCUGUUAAUUGGUUGCUGGAAGAAUUUGAUUGACACUUUAUCCACACCUCUAACCGGCCGCAUGGCAGGCAGCUCCAAAGGAUUAGCCUUCAUUCUAGGAGCCGAAGGAGUCAAGGAGCAGAACCAGAAGGAGAAGGAUGCCAUCUGCAUGAGUCUGGAUGGACUGAGAAAGGCAGCUCGCCUUAGCUGUGCUUUAGGUAUAAUGCACUCAUCAGCAUAGGCCCCAUUUUUAAUUGAAUUUGGGCAGGUAGAUGUCAUCCUUGCAACACCCAAAUGUGGCAGCUUGAAAAACAGAAGCAAGCAGUAAGCUGGCUUCACUUCCUCCUAUAUAUUUCUCCUUAUAUUGCCAGUGUUUCAGCUGGUAUAUAUUUAUACCCUGCCCAUCUGGCUGGGUUUCCCCAGCCACUCUGGGCUGCUCCCAACAGAAUAUUAAAAACACUAUAAAGCAUCAAACAUUAAAAACUUCCCUAAACAGGGCUGCCUUCAGAUGUCUUAAAGUCAGGUAGUUGUUUAUUUCUUUGACAUCUGAUAGGAGGGUGUUCCACAGGAUGGGCACCACUACUGAGAAGCCCCUCUGCCUGGUUCCAUAACCUCACUUCUCACAGUGAGGGAACAGCCAGAAGGCUCUUGGAGCUGAACCUCAGUGCAUAGCUGUCAACGUUUUCCAUUUUUUAAGGGAAAUUCCCUUAUUCCGAAUAGGAUUCCUCGCAAUAAAAGGGAAAAGUUGACAGCUAUGCCUCAGUGUUUGGGCUGAAUGAUGGGGGUGGAGACGCUCCUUCAGGUAUACUGGGCUGAGGCUGUUUAAGGCUUUAAAGGUCAGUGCCCACACUUUGAAUUGUGCUCAGAAAUGUACUGGGAGCCAAUGUAAGUCUUUCAGGACCAGUGUUAUAUGGUCUCGGCGGCCACUCCCAGUCACCAGUCUAGCUGCCACAUAUAUGGCUAGUGGGAGGCACAGAAAUUCAAUAGACCUGUUUCUUGCUGCAGGGGUUGCUGCUAAUUGCGCAUCUGCCCUUGCUCAGAUGGCCGCAGCUUCAUGUGUUCAAGAGGAGAAAGAGGAAAAAGAGGUGCAAGAACCCAGUGACACCAUAGCUCAAGGUAUGACUCAUCAAGGGGAACAAUGGUUAUCAUUAGUGAUGAUAUGUAUUAAGAUUAUAUGUAGUUGGAAGCCUUGUCAAAUGUAAUUUUCCUGGGCCUGCCUAUAAUAGGGAUGUCUCCCUUUAGGUCUACUCUACUAUAAAGAUCAGCAAUGGCUGCCUGCCUGCAGAGAGGCAGAGCCUACCUAGAUCUGAAAGUGAUUGGGUGGGGUGAAGAAUCUCAUUGCAGUUCUUGUUUAUUGCUCUGUAUUACCUGCUUUUCCUGAGCAUAAGCAGCAUAGAUAUCAAUGGGCCCUAUUCCAAGAUAAAUUUGUUUUGUAUGGCAAAUGGGAAACGCUGUCAACAUUCUAUGAUUCAACAUUGUUCUGUGAUUUAAAUAAAGUAAGGCGCUAGUAGCUGCAUAAGAUGUGCAGAAAUCAGUUGUUUCAACUAUAGUGAAUUCUCAGGCCUUUUCUACACUUUUGUUAAACACUGCCUGAACAGAGAAGGAGUCAGGAUUGGACCCACUCAUCCUGCCCAGCCUCUGCGCAUUCAGCAAGAAGUGUGAAGCAGGCUCUCUGCGCACAGUUCCCUCUGUGAAGACUCCUCCAUGCAAUCUGGAAACUUACCCAAUAUGGGUUUCCAGUCAUACAUAAGACUCUUUCCUUUAUACAGCUCCUUUCACACUUGCCACUGAACACAUGCAAGUUUGUUCCAGGGAGCACGAUCCAUUUUCUUACUCCCAUGUAUUUAGUGAAGGUAAGAAAAAAGACUAAGGCCUGCAUGCAAACCUUGAAAGAAGCUGAAAAUGAGUUUGUUUGCUUUUUAAAAGGAAAAAAAACCUCUACAAUAACAGUUCUCUCCUAUACAGAAGCCUUUCUUGUGUUAGACGUAACAAGAGAUUCUUUAUUUCUAACAUUUAUAUUUGUAAUGGCACAGUGAAACAGAAGGUGGAGCAAAGACUGGAACAGAUGGGGAAAGUGCAAGGGGUCUGCCUCCACACAGCCCACGUUUUGUGCAUGGAUGCCAUUCUAAAUGUGGGGCUGGAGAUGGGAAGCCACAAUCAAGACUGCUGGCCGCACGUAUUUAGGUAUGGAAUUGGAAACUGUAUUCCAUCUUCAGUUUGAGGCAGUUUAGGCUGGACUCCAACACAACAUUUAUUUGAAACUGACAACACACGUUGAUUGGCAGGUACCUAGUUUGCUGUUCAGUGCGUUUGGUGUACUUUUUUCGAUUCCAUAAAAGUAACCAGGCAGUGUGCUUGUACUGCAAAAAGAAAAUGAAAUAGUACUUUUUUAAACAGUGACUAUCCCCCAUUCAGUGGGCAAUAACUAUUUAGGUAGGAGCUCAAUACACAUUUGAUAGUUCGCUGCAUACAGGACCAAUUUGCAAGUCACACUAAACUCAAAGUAUGGCUUAGUACACAUGUGCAAGUGUGUAAUUUUCCAGAGCAAAUAUCAUAGUCAGUUUGCUCCCUCCUGGUCUCUAGUUUAUCCUCUGGUCUAUAGUCAUCAGUUAUGGUGACUCUAGAUAAUCCAGACAAUAACCCUUCUAUUAUUAUGUAUCUUAUUUCUAUAUAUUCGAGCAUUGAAAAUUCACUCUCUGUUAUGCAACAGCUGCAUCUAAAAUGUAAAUGUAAUUUAAAAUGUUUUUAAAAGUCAGUAAUGUUGUAAGGAAAGUUUAAGUUUAUGACUAGCUAGUGCAGUGACACCUUGCUUCCAAAAGAGCUUUUCAUUUCAGGAGGCUUAAGACUACUGAAGAUCAUCCUCAAAGAGUAAAUGUUGUAUGCAGUGGAAAAAACCAAUAAGGUCCUCUGUCCUUUUGCUUUGUUUUUUCAGAGUUUGUGAGUACAUCAGCACACUGGAACAUGCUCAUUUCAGUGAUGGGACAUCUCAGCCACCGGUAACUAUUACCCAGGGCCAACAGGCCACAGACGGGCUUCAGGGAGAUGUUCAGUCUACAGACAGCACCCAGGAACUGACGCUAGAUCAAGAGACUGCACUGAGGAAUAAUCCUGUAAUCCAGCCUGUUUCCAUUCAGGAGCUCAUCAAAGAAAGUAGCAAGGGAAGAGCGUUUGAUUUCCGUGGGGGCAGCCUGAUGACUGGAAGCAACGCUGCCAAAGCUAUCCUUACCCUCUCCACCCAGGCAGACAGGUAUGGUUGGCAUCACAUUUGACAGUUGCUACAUGUUCUGAGUUUCUUCAAGAAACCAUCAUGGAUGUGUUACUGUGAAUAUCCAAAAUUUGCACAUGAUGACAUUCUAGUGCAGUGCUGCCAGCACCAGAAAAACAUUAAUGAAUGUUGUAAAAUAUAUACAGCCCCACUAAUGGGCAUGCAGUUUUUACUUCUCCUGGGUACUUGUGCUGGUUUACUUCCUUUCCACCUACUUCCACCCUGGGCUCAUUUGUUUGUGUAUUUUAAGUCAGACUCCAUGUCCCCCUACUGAUGCAGCAACAAAACUGCUAGCACAUUUGUAAAGCUAAGCAGGUUCCCAUAUGGUUUCAAAUUGGAUGGGGGACCGUGUGUCGACAUUCCUGCAUUGCAGGGCUAGAUGACUCUUUGGGUCCCUUUCAACUCUAAAAUUCUAUGAUUUGGUCAGAUCAAGUGAUAUAUUCUGCCUUUUUGCCCGAAGGCUAUUUGAAGAUGCUGUUGACAAGUUGAAUCUGAUGGCAUUGGGGGGUUUCCUGUAUCAGCUGAAGAAAGCCUCUCAGUCCCAGCUCUUCCACUCAGUUACAGACACUGUUGAUUACUCCUUGGCAAUGCCAGGUAAGCCUCUUAAGACACAAAGCAUCCUAUAUAUAUGCUAUACCAUGUAUACAAUUUAAAUUAUCAAUUACUCUGCACUGUCUUUUUUGCCCUGGUAGGUGAAGUAAAAUCUACCCAAGACAGGAGCAGUGCGCUCCACUUGUUCCGUCUUGGAGGGGCCAUGCUCCGAAUUGUAAGGAGUAAAUGCCGCCCUCUUCUCCAUCUUAUGCGCUGCUGGAACUUGGUGGCCCCUCACCUAGUGGAGGUGAGAGAAUUACAAAGGCUUCUUCCCCGCCCAUGCAAUUUCUCUUUGUAUUGUAAAAAUUGCAAAGGGCAACCACAAUGUUAAUUAAUGUACUUGAAAAAGAGAAUGUACAAGUGAACGAAGCACUAAGAAAGAUUAUACUCUGGAAAUUUGCAGAUUAUAGCCAUCAGCCUAGCACAGUUCUUAGACAGAUCCUCAUAAAAACAGCUUUAUUCAUUUCUUCAUGAUAGGUUGGCCGUUUGUAUGUUUGGUUGAUUUAUGUCUCCCCCUCUAUCUCAUGGGCUCAGAACGACAUACAGCCAUUUUUCUAAGGGGAUCGCAGUCUAAGGAAAUCAAAUAGCUCGGGGAGAUAAAAUAAAAUUAAAACAGCAUUGUAACAUGAAAUCUAGCUCAAACAGAUUUCCUCGUUGUACUUACUGUAGACAUUUUUAGUGCUAGGCCUCAGCAGAUUUUCUUUGAAUUCUCUCCCACCCUCCUCCUAAGUAACAGUCCUUGCCAGUUCUUGUCGAAAAGGCAUUUUUUGCUUGACUGAAAUUCUGCUUUUUACUCCUCUUGUUGCUGCAGGCUGCCUGCCAUAAAGAAAGGCAUGUUUCUCGGAAGGCUGUCUCUUUCAUCCACGACAUCCUAACUGAGGUUCUGACAGACUGGAAUGAGCCCCCUCAUUUUCACUUGAAUGAGGCCCUCUUCCGCCCCUUUGAGCGUAUCAUGCAGCUGGAACUCUGUGACGAAGAUGUCCAGGACCAGGCAAGCUAAACCUUAUUUAUAAUGGCAACAGCCUACCUUCAACUGCAAGACCACUUUGAUUCUUAUUAUAUGCCUAGCAAUCGCAAUCCUUUCAGUUGCUUCCUGGGAAUGGGAAAUGGCAAAAGAAGAUUCUGUGCAGGGCUUGUUUGUAUCUUAUACUGGAAAGGGUUUAGCAUUGGGAGAAUUUCAUUUGAAGUGUCUAUCUUUCAAGUUUCUGAGCAGGUGUUGGUGGAUUCCAAUUCCCCUAAGCCCCAGCCAGCAUGUCCAAUGGUCAGGGGUGAUGAGAGGAAAGCCACAGUCUCCUCACCUCUCUUUUAAAGAGUGUGAGCAAUAGCUAUCAACAUCACCAAAGUCAGGAAGGGUUUUUAGUUGGAUUUCCAGAGCUGGAACGACAAAUUAUCAUGAGCAUCUGAAAAAGAAACAAAAUGCUCUGCUUAAUAUGCAUAGGAUAUGGGCCUCGCAAUUCAGUGCUUAUUUGUGUUGCCAUAGUGCGGGUUAUUUUUUUUUAAUUAUAAUUAGAAAAAUGUUAUCAACAAUUGUAUUGCUUUCUACUCAAGUCAUGUAGGUCUCCUAUAAAAAAAAAAUAACCUGGUAGCAUUAUUCAGUUGUGUAUAUAAAAUCAGAAGUGGGUCACCAGGGGUGGCAGAGUUAGCUUUCCAGCAGGUGGGCCACUGUUGCUUACCAGGAGUGGCAGGGCAGUGGACAGGUUGACGCACUGCAAACAGCACCCAUAGGAGCACCGGAAUGGCCCCACCAGUGCACUUACCCUGCUGCAACCUCCCCCAGCUCCUGAUAAGCCACAGAGACCCUGCUCCUGGGAAGCUGCUGUAGUAUCUCCACCCCACCUGCUGAUCUGCUUCUGUAUUUCUCACACAGUAUCUUCUCUGUGCUGGAUUAUUUACUUCUGCAAUGCUUUGUGUGCUCUGAUUGUGCCAGGUGAUCACAUCCAUAGGCGAGCUGGUGGAGGUGUGCUCAACUCGGAUCCAGUCAGGGUGGAGGCCAUUGUUCAGCGCACUAGAAACUGUGCGCAGUAGCAGCAAGUCGGAGGUUAAGGAAUACCUUGUUGGAGAGUAUUCAAUGGGUAAGACCUUUCUGCAGUUUUCUAGAUACCACUAUUUAGGUACUGGGUUUUUUAAGGGGCAGUGUUUGAAAGGCAACAAAUCUAUAUAGCAGACUAUCCAAAAACAUACUGAAUAAAUGAGUAGAUCUGAGCUACUGUGAAGUUUUUGCAUCACAACAGAGUUCUGGAAGGUCUUUACGGUGAGUGUAACAUUUUCCCCACAUGUUGAAAAAUUGUGUCAAUAUAAUUUUUUUGUUGUUGUUCAGCAAAAAGUUGUAGAAAAUGGAUGAGCCCCUUUGAACUCACUGGGACUUCCUUCUAUGCAUAUAGGAUUGUGCUGUCAGUCACUAACCAACAUAAUUUGACUCUAUGCUUGUCUCUAGUAGCUGCAUUUAGUAACAUGAAUGUUUUUAUGUUGUAAACCACUUUUGAGAUAUUAAUAGUAAGCAGUAUAAAAGCAUCUUCAAUGAAUUUUCAAAAAUACAUAUACUAGGUUUGUCUGUAUCAACUGUGAGUGAGCACUGAAUGCAAGAUUUGGUUCAGUGGCCUGAUUUGGCUCAAAUUGUUUUGGAGGCUGCUCACUUCAUUUCAGGUCUGAAUCAGGAUCUCACUUAAGGAAAAUCAAAGCUUGGUUCUCGAUGAUUUAAUGGGGAUACAUACACAGACUCAAUUGCUACAUCUGUGCAGUUAGAUGAAGGCCAACGUCUCCAGUUGUACAGAAGACUUGUAAAGUGCCUGUGCAGCAUGGCACCUGAAACCCCAAAAUCUGGAAGAGCCAUUUUGACUCUGAAAAUUUAUUCCCAUUUUCCUUGUAGUAAAGCCACUGAACACUGGGGGGCUUACUUCCAAGUAAAUGUAGAAUUGCAUUGCACAUUAAUUUGAACCAAGUUAGAAAAUCAUGGGCUUUUCCAGGUAAUGUGUAUCUGUAUCAGCUAAACAAUUAUUCUUGCUCCCUUAGGAAAAUGCCAGGCACCUGUGUUUGAUGUCUUUGAAGCAUUUUUAAAUACAGACAACAUCCAGGUCUUUGCAAAUGCAGCCACCAGUUAUAUCAUGUGCCUUAUGAAGUUUGUCAAAGGAUUGGGUAAGGAACCUUUUAAAUAUAUUCAUCUGUAUGUUUACUGUAGGGUUUGAUGUUUGUGGAGACAGAUGCAAACUGUUUACUGAAUGUCGACAAAGGCUAUGAAUGCAUUUUAGAGGUAUGAAGCCCUGUGGUUUUUGUAUGAGCACUGAAGUCACAGCACUGUGAUUUGAGAAAGUGUGCCCACAUGGAGCUAUUAUGGUGUUCUGUUGUAAUUCCACCCUCCCAAAUGCUUGCUUUUUCCAAGAAUGCUACUGGGCUUUUUUGUUUCCUUUUUGAAAAUGGGUCCUUUGCCAUUCCCUGAUCUGCAAGCUUUUUUUUUUUUGCCAGGCACCCUCACAGUUGUGAAAGAGAUUCUGUCUACAAAAAGUUAACUGCUCUUUCCUGGUGAUGAGGGUGGAGUGGGGAACAGUGUGAAGGAGACUUUCAUACAGUAAUAAUAAUCAAAAGCUUAAAGAAGUCUCACAAAGGGCAGGGUAGGAGUGACGUCCUGGCGACACUUCUUCCUUACGUUUCUAAGUUAGAAAAUAUAUUGUGGGGUUUGCCCCGUCUUGCACAAUGUAGUUGUUAAUAUUAUUAUUAUGAACCAAAGCAUUCUCUGCAAAGGAGGUCCUCCCACACCUCGUGUUAAAGCAGUUGGCAACCACUCCUCCUUGUUGCACAUUAAGAGUACAAAACUGCACCUGGGGUGCAGGGUCGCUGGGUGCUUCAAUGGAAAUGAGGCACAAAAGGGCCAACUUUGAAGUGAUCAUUCUGGCCAUCUGUAGAGAGCAUGGAAAUAUAUUACAUGAGGAGUGGGAUGGCCCUACAGUAGAAUCCCUCUGUGCAGGCAGGAUUGAACAUACUAUGUCUAACAUUUCCACCAAGACAUUUCUUCAUCCUCCUCUGCAAGUUAUUCCUCAUAACUGCUGUGUGCAUUUUGUGAAUUGGUGAAUCCCUCGGGAUUCCACAAUCACCAUACAGGGUCAUAGUAAUUAAGAGCAUUCAGACCAGCAUUGUGUUCUACUUAGACGUUUUCUUUCUUCCAUCCCAGGGGAGGCAGAUUGCAAGGAGGUUGGGGAUUGUGUGCCAGGAUCAGGAUCCAUGUCUACAGACUUGUGCCUUCCUGCUCUUGAUUACCUCAGGCGGUGUUCUCAGGUGAGCACAAGGAUGCUAAAAGCUGCUUGAAAUGGCAUCCACAAGGGGGUAGAGGCUCCCUGUAGCGGCUCUUUCUUAUGUAAACAGGUUGGUCACUGCAGCAUGCAGAAAAGCCCUGAGCCUCAUGGUGAGCCUCUUACAAUUUCUCUGGCUGACACACAUAGCAAAUCUUUGAGGUUUCUCGCAUUCUGGCAGUGUAGUCUAUUUCUCUCUCUUGCCACAGGCAGCACAGAUUACCAAUUUCUGUGCUCUUUCUUCUGCCAGAUCAGAAGCUGUGCAAGUGUUUAAACACAGUGGCAACAUAGCAAAGUGAUUGGGCUACUAACGGCUGCUGGGCUUGUCUCUGUUUUGCUGGAAGAGAGAGAGAGAGAGAGAGAGAGAGAGAGAGAGAGAGAUAGAUCACAUGAUGGAGCAAAACCUGGCUGCCUAGAGGCAACUUUUACUCACCGAAGGUGUUAAGGAAAGUGCUUGCUUAUAGAGUUGCCAAGACUGGAUUUGUAAAUACAAGGCUUAGGAUACUUCCAUGCUCAUGUUUUGAUCAGGUCCUGUGUACAUUAAAUCAACAUGACCAGCAAAUGACAGACACCCUGCAUGAUAGAUAUGUGGUGUCUCAUGCCCAUAUGGGAGUGGCUUGAUUAUAUUAUCUUUAGCAACCAUACGCCACGUUAUCCUUCUGUUUCCUGGGGUUACUCCCACAUUUCUGAGUGUAGCAUUGAAGCCUGAAACAGAAGCCCAGACAAAAUCCCUGGGCACACGCACCCUUUCCUAUUAGAAUAUCAAACUAUUUUAGCCAAAUCGUUUUCUGUGUGAAUGUUCUACAACAUGUAGCUCUGAAUCUAUCAUGCCAGCGCAUACUACAGAGUAGUCUCAUCAUUUCUCUCCCUUUUUAGUUGCUUGCCAAAAUCUACAAAAUGCCCCUGAAGCCUAUUUUUCUCAGUGGGAAACUUGCUAACUUACCCCAAAGAAUACAAGAACGAUCCGCAAGCAGUGAAGAUGGCAUUGAGUGUGUCCUUUCUGAUUUUGAUGAUGACACAGGUAAGCAAAAUUACUGUUAUGAUCCUAAAGAGGAACGUCCUUAAAUAGCACUUACCAAAUGGGGCUUGUCCCCAUUCACCUGGGGCUCUGGGGGAACAGCUUUUGCUACAGCCGCAGCCCAGACCCAGGGGCUGUCUUCUUCCUGCACGGCCUGGUAUCUUCCCUUCUAGCUUCCUAGGAAGGCCUGCCAAACAGGCCAGUCAGGACCCAGGGCAGGGGGCUGCCCUGCCCACUCCUGCCCACUCCUGCUGUAUUUAAGAGGACAGCCUCAGGUAGUCACCUUCUUGGGAGGUUGUCACAGGAUUCACCACUCACCCACCCAGGCUGUAAGUGACCUGCCAGAAGAUGAGCGGGCAGGCGAGGGUUAGGGCCUUUCUAUGCUUUAUCCAGUUGGUCCAGGGGAUGUCUCUGUUUGGGAGUCCACACAGGGCCAAUGAACCAUAACGCCCCUCCCAAUGGCAGCCUGAGUGGGAUCGUAGCUCCUGAUCCAUGUCAGGAGCGACCCCCCCCCCAAGUUCUGGGUCAGCCCCAUCCUGUUCAUCAAACAGUUGGCAGGUUGCGUAAUACUAGAUGCAUACCCAAUGCCUUGGGACAAAACCUACUUGCAUCUGUAAUGAAUGAAAGUUGUGGCCUAUUUCAACCCAAUACAAAUCUCCUGUGUUUACUUCUAUGGUUUGCCCCUUCCCCAUGGGAAUAAUGCACCUGUGACAGCGAUGAUGUGUGAUUUUACAUCUUCACCAUUCUGUAUGCUGUGAUCGUACCCUGUUCUGGGAGAGUCAAUUCACGGAUACUUUUACCUCAAGAAUGCAGUCUUCAACAAGACACCCCCUCCCCAAAAGAAGGGUGCAGCCCCCUCACCUACAUUCUGUACAUUUACGCAUUUAUAUAUCUAAAUAUCCCACCAUUCAAAAAUAUUGUUGCCAUGUACGAAGAGAGAAGUAAAAGGAAAUGCAAGGCUAGAACAAUAAGAAUACAUUAAAACCAUCACUAAAACCUGACAGGAAGAUUGAACCAAGUGAUCAGCAUCUCUCAAGCACUUAUAAAAGAAAAACGGAAGAGAAAUGGGGCAGGAACUGGGAACCUAGCAAAAUUAAUUCCACAACAGAAAACCUAUGCUACACAUAGCUUCUCACAUGCGAUUUUGUUUUGUUUUCCUAGGCCUUAUUAAUGUCUGGAUCAUUCUGCUUGAAGAGUUGACUACUGCCAUAUCCAACUGCCCCCGUCAGCAUCAGCCUCCCACCCUGGAUUUGCUCUUUGAACUAUUGAGAGAUGUUACCAAAACACCUGGUAAUUGUUUUGAAUUUAUUGACUACUACUAAAGUGUAGUAGUAGUCCUACCCCCUGGGUUGGAGCAGGGAUGGGUGGGCUCAUUAAAGUCCAUCCCAUCCCAUCUCCAGGCAGAUUUUUAAUAGAGAAUCCAUUUGAACUGCCUGGAAACACACAGUUAAAAGUACUACCUGCAAAGUGCUCUGAGGGUUGCGCCCUGCCUCUGCUCUCCCAGAAUACAAGUUUUUUUCUUUAAACCUUUCGAAAUGGCACUCACUUGCCUACAGCAUGCCCAUCUAUUGCAUGGGGUUCCUUAUCACCACACACCUUGGACGAACUUUGUGCAAGUCCCCCUGGGCGCAGCAGAGCUUGGUGGCAUUCUGUCACUACCAGGGGGAAUUAUACAGGGAAAAACAUGGCUGCCUCCAUGAUGGCUGCAACAUAAGCCGAGCAAACAGACUCUCACAGCUCUGAUAGCACUUUUGUAUCACCCCAAACACAUCUAAUUGAUUUACUGCUGUUAGCAUUUUAGAAUUGUUAUAUUUUGUUGUAUUUUGUAACAAGGACACAGGGAGCUAGGCAAUUUCAUUGGGGGGGGGCAAUUCGAGAAUUAGUUAUUAACAGUUAAUGGUCUUUUAGACUUCCUCCACAUGAAUAAGAGUUCACUUUUUGAAUAAUAAGAAUUAUAUGUCACCGGGGGGGGGGGGAGCCAUGCCUGCUAUUUAUAGAUCUGUUAAUAAAGUAGCAAACCCACAGGUAGGGAAAUACACAAGUGUAUCAUAGAGAUGCCACCUGAGUGUUGACUUCCAUGUUAAAUGUGCAGCCAUUAUACAUGGGGCUUUUUUAAAAGGGGAAAUUGUAAUAUGAGAAGCUGCCAGUAAAUUACUGGCAUGCCAAUUAUGAAAGAAGCUAUGCAAAUGGCAGGUGAAGUUCCAUAUACAGUAAGUGCACAGUUGUAAGUGAAACCCUCCUUGCAGUGCAUCUUUGCUCUCUGGUCAGUCUCAAGGAAGGGAAUCCACCAUGGGUAUAUAGGAUGCAUUGUCCUGAGUUAGCCCUAAGCAUCUGUUUGAAGGCCCAACAUAUUUAUCUGUCUUGUGUUUUUAUUCUCUAGGCCCUGGAUUUGGUAUUUAUGCAGUUGUUCACCUUCUGCUCCCUACAAUGUCCCUUUGGCUUCAUCGCAGCCACAGCGACCAUUCUUACUGGGAUGUGGCAUCUGCUAAUUUCAAGCAUGCAAUUGGCCUUUCUUGUGAACUAGUAGUGGAGCACAUUCAGAGUUUCAUACACUCAGGUAAUUUUAUGUAGUCUUAUAUGUUGCAACCCAUUCUAACCAUACUCUUGUAGACAAACUUUAGUUUUGGCAUUAACGAUUACAGUGUGAUCAAGACCUUUUAAACAUGGACGAACUGCUAUUGGAAGAGAGAAAAGAUUAUGGUAGAAUUACAUAUAUACACUGGAAUGUGCAUAUAUACGUUUAUUUCUCCAGUGAAAAGUGAAACGACUCAGCUGUCCUUGCUCUGUUUAUAUCAGGCUUCCUCAACCUCAGCCCUCCAGAUGUUUUGAGACUACAAUUCCCAUCGUCCCUGACCACUGGUCCUGCUAGCUAGGGAUCAUGGGAGUUGUAGGCCAAAAACAUCUGGAGAACCGAGGUUAAGGAAGCCUGGUUUAUAUGAAAAUUUCAAAGACACCCAUUCACAGUGCAUUUAAGAAUGGGAUUUGAUUCCCAAAUUAGGUUUUGAGCCUCCAGUACCAACCAAACAUUCUCUCUGACCCCAAACCAUCUGUGACUAUAAAGUACACAGCACCAUGGGUAUUUGCAUGGCAAGGAAUACAUUGAGUAAAGCACAGGCAGAUGAGUCGAGGCAGUGAUCCAGACACUACUCUGAAGAGGAAACAUGUAACUAAGCAUCCUAGCUGAACUGGGGCAAAGGUUUUCCCCUAGUACUAAAUGUCACAGCAUUAUAGUAAACUGAUUUGAGGGUUGUUGUUGUUUUUUUACAAUCUAGUGAUAUAUGAAUUUGACUAAACAAGAUAAAUAAGAAAAAAUAAUACUGUAAAACUGUAACGGAUCUGAACAUCAUCUGGUAUUAUCCCACUGCACAAAAGCUAGAUCCAGGCCAAGCAAGCAGCUCUAAUUAUCCUGACUAGAGUAUUAGCAAUAUCCCAGUUUAUAGCCAGGUCAGAGGGCAGCAUGCAUGAAGAAGAUGCCGUGUGCAUUUAUUUCUAAAAAUGCAGUAGUUCCUCUGUGUUGUAAUUCUAUUAAAUUAUGGUUAAUAUCAAAGCCAACUGCCUAAUUUCCUCUUUAGAUAUUGGCUAUGAGAAUAUGAUCAACACAAUGCUCAGAGACCUCUUCAAAUUACUGGUAGCUUGUGUGGCAGAACCCACAGAAUCCAUCUCUAGAGUUGGGUGCUCCUGUAUCAGGUAAUAUGGCUUUCAUUUCUAUAUUCAUUUUACACAUAGGCCCAGUUUGCACGUAACACUAAACCUCACAGGUCCUUUGGGGGAGGCACACAAUUAGACAUGAAAUACUAAUGUGAAAGUUAAAAUUGCCUCUAGUUAAAGAAGGUAUGGGUUCUAAAGGCUUCUGCAGAAAAUGUCAGAAAAUUAUUCUUUGCCAACUCAAAGUUCAGACUUUGAAAGCACCUGUCCACCCAAUAACUCUGCGGCUUUGAAAGCAGUUUGCAUCACUUCCCUUCAUGCUUGAAGUAUGGGGAGAAAUACAUUAGGUACUCCUUCAAAUCUUACACAGGAGCACGUUCAAGUGAUAUUCCAAGGUGCCUUGAUCUAAGCUUAUGUAUUGGGCUUCACUUGGCUCUUCAUAGAUCUACAUCAAUAAGAAAAGCCGUUUUGGCUUUUAAGCUAAUCCCAGUUUUGCAAUCGUGUUGUGAAAUGGUUAUUGGCUGGUUAUCGGCUUCAUGGUCUUUUCCUUUAUCUAUAGAUAUGUUCUAGUGACAGCUGGUCCUGUUUUUACAGAAGAAAUGUGGAGGCUGGCAUGCUGUGCGCUGCAGGAUGCCUUCUCAGCCACUCUUGAGCCAGUGAAGGUAUCACUUGCAUUUAACUGGGAGCCGCAAGCAUCUCUCCUAAUAUGUGGCUACUAUUUUCUUAGACUGUUGCUCUCAUCUAUGAUUACUUAGAGAGCAAACACCUUGGAGGGAGGGAGCAUUGGUUGUUUGAACUAGCAUCUCUGUGUGGAUGACGUAUAAGCAGCCAGCAAGAUUUCUGCAAUGACAGCGCUUUGGGAAAGCGGCUGAACCAUCACAGAACUUUUGAUGGCUUAUGGUCUCUACUCAUAUGGAAAAGAAACAACAUCUCUGCAUAAGCUCAGGCAGGAGCUUGAAUUUAGCGCCACACACACUUAAGGCAAUCAAAUAAAUGGGGUACAACCUGUGCACGACCCAUUCUAGUGGGCACUUCCAGACUCUCACUAGUGAGCACUUUAGAAAAAAUAAGUUGGAAGAGCAUGAUGAUGAAAGUACAUCAAGUUCAUCAAUUAGGUAUGUGUGUGAGAGAGAAAGAAACUGAUGUCAGGCAGGGGUCAGCAAACCUUUUCAGCAGGGGGCCAGUCCACUGUCCCUCAGACCAGACUAUUUUUUUGGGGGGGGGGGGGAAAUGAACGAAUUCCUAUGCCCCACAAAUAACCCAGAGAUGCGUUUUAAAUAAAAGGACACAUUCUACUCAUGUAAAAACAUGCUGAUUCCCAAACCGUCCGCGGGCCGGAUUUAGAAGGCAAUUGGGCCAGAUCCGGUCCCCAGGCUUUAGUUUGCCUACCCAUGGCUUAAUAUAACCUAGCACAAUCUUUUUUAAAAAUCAACCCUAUUGGUUGCUUAGCAUUCAGAAUACACACUGAACAUCUGGUGCUGUUUCUCUGCAGAAUCUGUUGGGCUAUUUCCACAGCGGUUCUGAAAACUUCGCUGGGGAUGCCUGUGAGGUGAAAGUGGCAGCCCCUUCCCUCUCUCCUAGUGCUGAAGCCGAAUAUUGGAGAAUACGGGCCAUGGCUCAACAGGUGAAGACUUUGAGAGAUAUAAUGAGCAAAAUGCAUAUUAAAUUAAACCUAGGCACUGGUGCAGGCUUAACACUUCUACAGUAAUCAGUUGGAUUUGCAUGCUUAACUGUGACUGGAUUGUUUCCUGUGAGCUUUGCUUUUACAAACAGUUCAUGGUGAGAUUUCUUAAUUGUUUUAAGCCGUCUUUUUAAUACAAUUUCAAUUAAGGAACAGUCAGGUAUUGAUGCCAACAUUAAUUAAGCAUUUUAAGAUGGCUAGGCCUGAUGCACCUCCGUUUAGUGAAUGCUUCUUCUCUUGCCGAGUUGAUAAUCUUUGGAUGGGCUGGACCAUGAAUUUUUUUUGUAAUGAAACCUAGUCUUCCUUUUUUUCUUUCCUCACAUGAAACUAUUUAACUCAGUAGUGGGUUUAUCUGGGCAGAGAGCAUCACUUGCUGUGCUGGGUGUUGCCACUUUUAGAAUUCCAUUUACAGUCCUGGGUUAAGGAUAUAUAAAGAACUGCCUUGUACCAAAUGAGGCCUUCAACCCAUCUAACCCCCUGCUGCCUGCUCUGUGUUGUAAAUGGAUGCAGUUUAUGAACUCCUCAACCUUUUACACAGUUCUGCUGUGGGAAUUCCAGAGUCUGGGACAUCCACAUGUGCAAAUUGUGUGCUCUGCUGCUGUGUUACGUCCCCUUCCUGAAUUGGCCCAGGGCUUUAACAAGUUGGUAUUAUUUGUUUUUGUAGGUGUUCAUGUUAGACACACAGUGCUCCCCCAAAACGCCAAACAACAAAGAAGGGUUUGAGCAUGCUCAGUCCUGUGUGCUUAUCAUCGAGUUGCCUCCUGACAAGAAGCCCAAUGGUCAUACGCAGAAAAGGUAAGGUGACUUGUUUAUUACAAGACCCAGAGGGCAAAGCAAGACAUCAGACAGGUGCAGGGCAUAAAGGGAAAGUCUGCACAUCUAUUUAAAUCUGGGCAGAUUUGUUUCUUGUGGCAAAGCAUGAAAGGCAAUCCGUGCUGACCCUCAAGGAGCACUUUUUCUCAUCCUGUCAUCCCAGUCUUCACUCAAGCUAAACGCUUGCCAUGAUUGGCCAUGUUGAACACUUACCUUGGUCCCAGUAGCUUGCAUUAGAUGCAGGCCUUCAUUGCAGAUCUUAGACUCCCAUCUGUAAUGCAGAAUACAAACCAGUCACAGUAUAUGGGGAAAGUGCAGGAUAUUUAGGAAAACAUGGCUUCACGAGCAGUUAUUGCAGAAAGCCACUGGCUCUUACAUCUGAAUUGCUAUAAUUAUUAUUAAAGGCAUUUUGUAACAACAGUGAGCAACAUUUUAUGAAUAUAUAUAAGCAUUUUCUUUCUGGAUCAGACCUAGCCCCAGCACUCUGUUUUGUAGCCAGAUGCCUUACCAAAUGAUGUUGAAUUGAUGCUUGCCUCUGUUGCAUGUCUGGCAAUCAGUUGCAAUGCCUCUGUUCAUUCAGCUAGCAUGGUUAAUAGUUGUUGUUAGGUCUCUCUUUCACGGCUGGGAGAUGGUCAAGAAUAGGGGUGAAGGGAAAACGCACUGCCUCUUCUACAGCUGUGCAAACUGUCUCCCUCCCUGCCCCCCAUUUCUUCCGGAGGGCUUGUCGUGACUGAUUUUGGAAGUUUCUUUAGAGUUACUUCUGCCUCCUCUUCUCCCCCUUUACUGCAGUAGCAAAGCAAGUGUCUGCUACAAGCUUUGCAGCACAUAGUGUGGAAGAUGAGGAACACAGGAAGAAGGUGCCUUAUAUUGAGUCAGAGCAUUGUUCCAUCUACACUGAAUGGCAUUGGCUCUCCACAUUUUCAGGGGCUUCUCCCAUCCUAACCUGGGAUUGAACAGGGGAUUGAACCAAGCACCUUCUGCAUGUAAAGCAUGUGCUGUAGCACGGAGCUACAAUUGUUCCCCUGGGGUUUUCUGCUAUAACGAUUAUAUAGCCUAAUCAGUCACUCUUGAGCCAGAGAAAAUAAUGUUCAUGCUGCCCAUGUUGUGCCUACACAGAAAACACUGUGAUGAAAAAUAGAUGAUGUAUGAAGGGGACCUUACUGCCUAAUUUGUUUUAGCUGCUUGAUCCAUAGUAAAGUAUGGCUGCUCCCUGUUGAUAAGGCUUGCUGCAACAGUAAGUUGUUUGCUUGCUUGCUUGCUUGCUUGCUUGCUUGCUUGCUUGUGCCUGUCUUGCAUGCACAGCUCUGUAACCGUGCUGGCCUUUUGUAGAAUUCCUCUUUUCCUAUCUGAUUUUCUUUCCUUUCUUUUUUUUUUUAAUGCCGCCCAUCAAUGCACAGGAAGCUGGGGUAAGGGAGCAUUUCAGCCUAAUGCAAAAGGCAAAAUAAAAGUCCUUGAUUUAAUAUCUAUUCUCUUCCACAGAAAAUACCGUUUUAGCUAGGCAGUCCUAGCAAUAAAAGAAACUGCUGUUUGCCAACCGCCUAGGUUGAAAGGUUACAUAUUCCGCCCCCUCCCAAUUCUCAGGCUGGUUUUUGCCCAGAAUUGGGCCAGUGCAGCUGUAGCUGCAACCGCUUGAUGCGCUGGAACCUCUGUCUGAAAUGUUCUUGGAAUGGGAGGUUUCACUCCCACAAGAAAGUUUCAUGUAUAUAGUCCCCUCACCACAGUGUUGUGUGAGUGCACGAAAUAUGGGGGACUCUCCCGCCCCCAUGCACAAUGCUGGCACAUUUCAAUAUGUCACUGUAUGAUUUGCAUGCACUUUAAAAGGGAAGCACAGCCCCAGAGCCCCUUGCACCACUGAGCUGAAGUCCGCAUGCAGCUGGGGCACAACACUUUGGACAGACAUCAGCUUCUGCCUCGAGAAUUUCUAUAGUGGGUCACUUUUGAUGAGGCCCAUGAAAUGAAUGCCAGAGUGCAACCACUAGAGAGUGUCGCAGCACAAGAGAAGGAAUAUAUUUUUCAAGGACAUGGGCAGAAAUGGAAGGCCUGGGAGCUGGGGGAAGAGAUUCAAGCUCAGAAAACAAAUUUCAAGGUAGCUACAUUUCCAUGAGGCUGACUGGAUGCAGAACAAACCGAUUUGUUUGUUUUCAUUCAUGCUCAAAUAAUAUAUUCUCCACUUGAAAAUGCUAGCUUUGUGUUCCUAAUUACUGCUGCAAUCCUAUGCAUUGUUAUUUGGAAGUAACUCAUUGGUACUUAUUCCCAGGUAAUUGAGUUUAUGACUGCAGCCAAAGACUUAACCUUUUAUUUUCUUUAUGCACACAAAAUAGAGAAUAGCACACUGUCCAGACCAUCAUCUGACCCAUAUCUAUAAACUUAUUCAUGGUGGUAAAUAGGCCAAAUAUCCACUGUGGCUUGAAUGUUUGGCCUUUCAUUUGUAUUCUUUGGUGUGAUACCAAGGUAUACAUACAUCCAGUUUUCCCCUGAUAAAUUCCCUUAUAAAAACCCUGGGGUGUUGUUCACUUGCCUCCAUUUUCAAAUAAUAUUUUGUUUAACAUUACAUUGCUAUAAUAAUGAAUUAUCCAUGUUACAAAACACAUAUUAAUGUAUAAAUAGAAGACUAACGUAAAUGUUGAGGAUUUUGUAUGAUAACUCUUUAAAGCAAAUAUGAGGAACCUAUCACCCUUCAGGUGUUGCUGUACUGCAACUCUCAUCAUCCCUGAGUGUCGGCUAUCUGGGCUAGGACUGUUGGGACUUGAGAGUCCAGUGGCGUGUGGAGGGGCACAGGUUUCCCAAACCCUGAUGUCAAAGAAUAUGUCUCCUUGGUAGGAAAGGUGGCGUAUUAAUAUAAUAAAUAAAAACAUUUUAAUUUGCGGGGAGUGUUAAAUUCAGUUUGGGUCAAAAUUGUAGGAGAAUGCAGCAAGAAAAUGGAUUGUGCAUGUUGCCUGGACAAUAUUGAUCCAGAGCAACUUUUCCCAACUUGGUGCCCUUCAGGUGUUCUGGACUACAGUCCACAUCAGCCCCAAUCAACAUUGCCAAAAGCAAUUAUAGGAAUUAUAGUUCAGAAUAUCUGGAACAGUACCUGGUUAAGGAAGGUUGGCACAGAGAUAGUGUUUUGAGGGAUUUUUUGUAAGUAGCUAUCAUAUUGAUUGUGAUAUAGUUAUAAAUUCACCAGCUGGAGUUCCUUGGAGGAACAGUAGGAUAUAAAUUCAAGUGAUUUAAAAAUAUUAUUGAGAUACUCAGUGUGUUUGUCAUUCCUUCCCCAACCCCUUCCACCUUCUGGCUGCAUGAAGUAUCCCUUUCAGAACAAUUGUAGUGAGCCUGCUGUCCCACCAAGUGCUGCUACAGAAUUUGUACGAUAUUUUGUUGGAAGAGUUUGUGAAAGGGCCCUCGCACUCUGAAGAGAAGGCUGCGCACCAACCACCGGAAACUAAACUGGCAGGCUUCCUCAGGUACAUUUCUAUGCAGAACUUGGCUGUCAUCUUUGACUUGCUGCUGGAUUCCUACCGGACAGCCAGAGAGUUUGAUACGAGGACUGGGCUGAAGUGCCUGCUCAAAAAGGUCUCUGGCAUUGGUGGAGCUGCCAACUUGUACCGCCAAUCGGCGAUGAGCUUCAACAUUUACUUCCAUGCCUUGAUCUGCGCUAUUAUGACCAACCAGGAAAACAUCACUGCGGAGCAGGUGAAGAAAAUCCUCUUUGAAGAUGACGAAAGAAGCACUGAUUCAUCCCAACAGUGCUCUUCAGAAGACGAAGACAUUUUUGAAGAGACGGCCCAAGUAAGCCCACCAAGGGGAAAGGAGAAGAGGCAGUGGAGGGCCAGGCUGCCAUCUCUGAGUGUCCAGCCUGUCAGCAAUGCAGACUGGGCUUGGUUAAUCAAAAGGCUUCAUAAGCUCUGCAUGGAGUUAUGCAACAACUAUAUUCAAAUGCAUCUGGAUUUGGAAAGCAGUGCCGAUGAGCUCCCGGUCUUCCGAGGAGACCCCUUCUUCAUCCUUCCGUCCUUCCAAUCUGAAACAUCCACCCCAUCUACCGGAGGCCUCUCUGGGAAGGACACCCCUUCGGAAGAUGACAAAAGCCAAAUUAGGGAUUCCCUGAUGGAGAAUGUCACUCCCAAAGGAGGGAGUGGAGAUAUACUGCUGCUUCCGCCCUUGAGUCCCAAAACAGAGAAGAAAGACCAAGGCAGGAGAAAAGAGUGGUGGGAGAGCGCUGGCAACAAAAUCUACACCAUCGCCACAGACAAAACUAUCUCGAAGCUCAUGACAGAAUAUAAAAAAAGGAAGCAGCAGCAUAACCUGGCCACUUUCCCCAAAGAGAUGAAAGUCGACAAGAAAGGGGACCCGCUAAGCACCAGAGGGCCAGAUUCCCCCCUCCCACAAAGGCCUCAAAAUCUGGUUGAUCAGGGCCAAAUGAGGCACUCCUUCAGUGCAGGGCCAGAGAUUUUGAGACAGGAGAAGAGGUCACGCUCUGGGUCAACGGUCAGUUCACUCAACAUAUCCGUCCGGGAUGGGGAGGCGCAAAUACAGGUAAGAAAACAGCCUGACGGAGAAACUUAAUAUGGAAGAAAAUCUGCCUUUUCAAUUGCAGUAGUUGUUUUCCUCGUGUGGGAUUAAGCAGAAAGCAGGUCUUCCGGAAAUAUGCAUUCAUUAUUGUAGAAUAUCACACACACUUGUGCUUGGGUAAAAUAUUAAGGUGUCCCAUACAGCCACACCCACCUGCCCACUGACCCUUGCAACCUCUGAGCCAGAGCAGCCCAUUAUACCCCAUGUUCUAUCAAGCUUCAGGUUCUUUGUGAGUUUCUUAUGGUAACUUCCAGCCUCAACAGGAGGUUUGUGACACUUCCUACAAUAACUUGGCUUAUCCAGUACUUUCCAUUGCUGUCCCUUGCCUUGCUUUUAGUUUUUCAUUUUAGUGUGUUUGCCACACCAGCUACUCCUUCAUGCAUCUUGGCCUUACCAAAGUGAAUCAUAUGCAUGGUGAACCAAGAUGGCUUGGGGUGGAAAAGUUAAUUAUAGGACUAGCCCUCAGUGGCAGGCUGUGUUUUGAACCUUAAAGACUUUUUCAUUGGGCAACUUAAGUUUGAUGCUGACGUUUUUCAGAAAUUACUUCAUAUUUACAUUAUGAGCUAUAUUCUUCACGAUGUUUUUACACAGCUAUAUAGUUACAGAUUUCCUCUCUCCCUGUAUCAUUUUAGGCAUGGACCAACAUGGUAUUGACAGUUCUUAACCAGAUUCAGGCCCUUCCAGACCAGAUCUUCACAGCUCUCCAGCCAGCUGUGUUCCCUUGCAUCAGUCAGCUGACUUGUCAUGUGACUGACAUUCGAGUUCGCCAGGCUGUGAGAGAAUGGUUGGGCAGAGUGGGCAGAGUGUAUGACAUUAUUGUGUAGUAGACACUGGAUGCAGUACCCACUAGAGAAUGAAUUGAAGGCAUACUAAUAUAAAGUACAGUUACUGAAAUGUUAUCUUUUGAAAGUGAUGAGGUAACUGUCUACUUGCUGGUAAUUAGAAACUGGCAACAUCUUUCCCAUGCCGUUAACUGCUUAAGAGCACAGUUCAAUCUUGCUCAUGCCUACAAGAGCAUGUGGUAACCACAGUGUGCUUAUACAUCAAGUAUCCCAAAAUAAUACUGUAUAUUAAAUCUGAAAAUGCUGUUUUAAGUCAGGCUGAUAUAUGAAAACUCAGUAUAUUGAUGUUGCAUAUUUUUCAAAGAGUGAAGUAUUUCUCCACAGGGAAAUGGCAGUGGAAUGAAGGUGGCACAAAAUGGACACCUUCACAAAAGUAGGCUAGAUACAGAACAAUCAAAGUGAGAGCCUGCUUUCACAAACCUUCAAUGUGGCAUCAACAUCUUCCCACUCUAGUGCAAUUUUGACUUAAGUACAUUCUGAAUGCAAGCUCUUUGAUUUUCUGAAGAGUACAACAGAUGCAUAGGUGUCUUUAGUAUAGAACCUUUUUGUGCCCCCAAAACUGGCAGACUGACAUUUGAAAGUAUCUCAGUUUAAAAAAACAAAAAACAAAUUGAUGGAACUCAAUGAGCUGUUUCAAUAAAUUGUUCAUGUAAAACGUGACAUGAAAAACAGAUGACCCAAAUUCAAAAACUGAUACAUUUUCAAAAUUCACAGUGCACAUUUCAUUUUCUAUCACACACCAGGGUUGUGGUGAGAAUCAGCUGUGCACUGGCUUCUGAGCCCCUUUUAAUGUGAUUUGGUGACAUCCUAGAUGUGGAUGCGGUAUGGUGUGAUAUGGCAAGAGCAGCUUGCCUGGUGGAGCAUCGGUGUUGCUGACCAAGAGGAGGGACGAGCAACUGUGUAGUUAGGGCUGUGCUGUCACACAGCCCUUAUCACACCUUUCCUCUUCCUCCCAGAAGUGAUAGCAAGACUCCUACUGGAAGGCUGUUCCUGCAGUUCUGCCCCACUGGGGGAAGGACUGUUAUGCUAUGGUGCUGGAAGCUGUCUAGGGAGGAAAUAGUUAAUCCUGCAUAGGAUAACAUAUGCCAAAAGCCAUAGACUUCUAAGAGGUUUCGCCUCCUUUGAUGUCAAGCCAAAGGUCUUUAAGUAAGGGAAAAGAUCAUAAAUAUGACUACAGAAAAGAAACAUAAAGCUGCAACUUGCCUGUUUUCUACAACAGCUGCCUUGUCCCAUUCCUACAUUGUAGGUGAACAUGUCGGAUGCUUGACUACUGCCCCAGAAUUCCCUCUGUGGCCACCUCAAUUUGUUUUUUCUCCAUGAAAAGAAAUAAAAUAAUUAUGUAGGUUUGGAAGGUGGUACCCAUUUUAUGCUCUCAUCUGUCCUGUGAGGCUGCUUAGUUCGAGAAAAGGGUAAAGCAGCCUUCAUAUCAGAACAGGGAUUUGAACAGAGACCUUUCACCCUGGUCCUCUUAAAUCUACUUUCUUUAUCCAAGCUGUCUAGCAUACACAGCUAAAUAUAUAGUCCAUUAAUUAGAAAAGGGCCUAUAAAAUAUGGGUGUGGCCACCUUUAUUUAUAUGCCACAGUUAUAUGUUGCCUAUCUCCCACUGCAUUCAAGGUGGUCCAUAAUUUUGAAAAAUUGCUUGCAUUUUAAUCGGUAUGAUGCAAAAGCAAAAGGGGACACAGAAAGCAGAGAAAAAUAAUUGCAUUCAAGUACUCUGCAGGACAGUUCUGUGCAAGGACAAACCAAGUGGUAGCUGUUCCUAACCUAGCUGAAAGAGUAGCACUUGCUGUCCCAGCUCUGCCUCUGGUGCAGAAUGGUGACUGAUGAGAGCAGCUCCCAUAGGGGAGGAGCCAGCUGGGUUUGGCCCUAGAUAAGCAUAUGGAGAGAGGACUUGCUGCCACCCCACCCAAGUGAUAGCUGGCCUCAUCCAACAUAGGAGGCCUCACGUCUUAAUUAUUUCUAAAACACAACAGCUAACCCUCAAAUCCGUUUGGCACAUGGGCCCAUACACAUGUCCAUCACAUACCCAGGAGAUCAGACUGAGUCUUGUCAAUGAUGACCUCAAAAACAGGGUGCACAGAUUGCAAGGCUGAUGCAACUAUACAGGUAAGCCUUGCAAGAGCAGGGGUUUUUUUAAAGACCCCCAACAAAGUAAUGUGUGAUCUCAGGGUCACUUGCAGUGUCAAAGAUGAUGAUGCUGAGGACAACUUUUGGAUGGCACAUCACAGCCUCUCAUGCCAGCCCUGAAUAUUGGUCUCAUUAAUUGAACUGAAAAGGGGUGAGUCUUCAUCAGCCUGAUUUAUGAUGCAUUGCAGUUUGCCUUGGACAAAAAUUCCCUUACUCCUCCCUCUUUGUUUGUAUGUUAAAUGAAUGGGAGACUAUGAAUGUACACAAUCUCACAGCUGCUGAAUCCUUGUAACUAUAUUAUGGAAUUCUUUGUCAAAGAAGCUGCUACUGUGCCCGAAUUUGAUUGUUUUGUUCUUUUUUUCCAUUUUCCAUUUAAAUAUGCAGUGUUUCUAUGGCUCUUUGUGAAGUUGGAAUUUUUUAGGGGAACAUUUUCAAGUGAUGCACGCCUACAUUGUUUGUUAGUUGGAUUUUAUAUGCAAUUCUAGCUUGUCCCCUAUAAGCAUCUAUUUAACGGAGUCAUUAAAUAGAGAGAGAAAGAUAUACAACACUCAGGAUUUCUGCAUCUGUUCUACUGAAUGCCAAAAAAUAGUAAUUCCUGGAUUGCUAACAGAGGGGUCGUCGUCCUCCCCGGUACAAUGAAGUAUAUGUUACAUGUGAACCAAUAUUGUGAAUUGCACACGUUGAGAAGAUAAGUGUGGCAUGACAAGAUUUUUAUGGCCAUUAUUACAGGAAAGACAAAAGUGGACUAUUGUUACUUUUCUUAAGGAGCUGAGGCAGUACAGCCACCAACUGCAAAAGCCACCUUAAACCAUUCCUGAUUGCAGCUGCCCAGCAGAUCAGGAUGUUUACCCCACAUUGCGUCCAUCCUCUCUCUUUGGAUGCCAGAAGCAAAGCAAACCAUAUAAGCUGGCCUUCAACAUAAAGGUAUGGGAAGUUUUGGCUGGUGAGCGGGGUAGAACAGGAUAGAAGCACCACAUAGGGGGGAUUGUUGAGGGGUUAUGCACUAGGUGGAACAAAUGGAAACUCAUUUUGGUGGCUUAACAGAACGCAGUAGCAUUGUUAGGAGUGGAGGCAGUCUGGACUUUUCGGCUGACCUUGAAAAGCUGCUAUAGCCUUAGGUGAUAAUGAAAUAAAUUGCACAGACUGAAAAGGCAAAUGUCAAAUCAGUCAUGAACCACAAAGGCAAGUCUUAUGGGUGUGGCAAAGUCCCUUUUGAGCUUCCUUCUCUGCCAGCAAAAGGCUUCCCAGUCACGUUCAAUGGAAGGAGACACUUAAUAAGUUCACUGGCCAAGUUGCACCUUCUGCUGCUAUGAACUAGAAAGUUCUUACGAGCAAAGAGUUGCAUAUGCAUGGCUGAUCUUGCAAAGCAUCCAUGCUCCUCUAGUGGACAUGGCAAGGCAUAGGAACUCAUUGAACCUUUGCUUUCUCCCACCCAAUCUCAAAACAGGGGAUCUUGGCCAAUGCCACACACAGCAUUAUGUGCAUUAAAGCCUGCACCAUUUCACAAUGAAAAGCUCCUGUGAUUAUAUAACAUGGCACACAUUAUUAUUAUUAUUAUUAUUAUUAAAUGUAUUAGUUGCCCUCCACCAACAGGUCCCAGAGCACAUUACAACAAUUUAAAAUUUAGAAUUAAAAACCGUUAAAAGAAAUUAAGAGCAAAAGGAGUAGGGUGGGUCCUGAAAACAAGCAUCUCAGGUGUCAAAGGCCAGGGGGCAGAGGAUGGAACUUGUACAUUACAAAAAUCAGAGCGGCAGCCCUGUGUCAGGCUUGCUCCUCCACCUCCAUUCUGUGUAGUGCAACUUCUCUCAUGUCCAGUGAUCUCUGCUGUAGAAGUAUUUUUCUGCUAAGACCUGGGGGCAAAACUGAGAAAAUGCUGUGAGCAGCAAGAUAAGGGCAGGGUGUAAUACACGUCAGAGGGAGAAGACUUAGCACAGGGCUAUCAUAUUGGAUCUUGUUUGUUCGUCUAAAUAUAGUUCUGCCCACAGAGAACACUCCAUCUUAACUAAAAUGGAAAAGAUGCUGUACUACAGAACUGCAACGUCAUUCUUAGAGCAACGAAGCUGCUUAUUUAUAUGGCAAGAGUCUCUUCCAGCAAUGGUUACUGUCUACCAUUUGGGAUACAGUGCCAAGCUAAAUGGAUAGAAACCACUUUUCUAUUUAUUGCUAAGAAGUGAAAGCCCCAAAGGACUGUUCGUUCUCUUAUGCCAAAGAUACAACUCGCUCAAAAGUGAAUAUAACAACAACAAAAUUGACUUGGCUUUCAUUAUGGAGCCUUGCUCCAUUUCACAUAUAGGUAGAAAAUCACAGGAAUCCAAAAUGUAUUGAAGGCUACAAAUGGGUAAACCCAGCCUUUUUGCCCUAUAAGAUGAUUGUAGCCUUUUGCAAGCAUAAUUCGCAAAGCACUGAAGGCCUGCAAUUUGGGAGGAGGUUGGUAGGUAAGAAUGACCAGGAAAGAUGCAGUAGAGCAAUGUAUGUUCCCCUUGGUUCAAUGUCAGUGCGCUCUGUAUAAACAGAGUGGCCAUAUAGAGUCAGCAUAUGCCUACACAACUAUGAAUAUAUGUUAUUAAACUUUCCUUGAAUCCUGCCCCAUCUUUCCUUGUGAUGUUAAAUUAAAAUGACUUCCCUAGUCCCCUUUCCUCUUUUCUUAUGAAACAGAUUUGUUCCGUUUCAACCCCCCCUGUGUCUAUGUUGAACAGUUCGUUGUAAACCACUUUACAAAAUGUAUUUUGUGUAUAUUUUGUUCAAAGGGAAUUCUUAAAGGAAGAUAUUUUAAAACAAAUAAACUAUUUAUGUUGCUCGUGUUGUAGAAUAAAGUAAAUCCAAAAUUCAA